AGGCCGCUUCCUUCCGGCCGCCAUUUUAGCUUGAGCUUUCCCUUGCCUCUCUCUCUCUCUCUCCAUCUCCCUCUCUCUCUCUCUCCGCGGCCUCCUCGCGGCCGCCUGCCCUGCCGCCCCCGGCCAUGUCCAAGCGCCACCGCCUCGACCUCGGGGAGGACUACGGCUCCAACAAGAAGCGGCUCGCCGCCCCCGAUGGGUAAGGAGGAGGAGGAGGAGGAGAAGCGGCGGCGGCGGCGGCGCCUGCCCGCUCGACGAGCACAUUCCUGCUCUCCGGCUCCCUCAGCGCCGUUGUUGGGCGAGGAGGCCGCGCUGGGCGGAGGGAGCGGGCGGGGAGCCGGCGGCGCCCAAGGCAGGCGGGCCCCUUCUCCCCGCAGGACGCGCUGCGGCCUCCCUGGAGGAGGCUGGCCCGUAGCCAGGCCGGGCCGGCGGCCCCUUUGUGUCCCUCGGCCUCGGCGCUGCCAAGCCUCCCUUUCCGCGCGGGCUCCGUGCGCGCCCCCGGCUCCCUGCCUGCUCGCUCUUCAAACAGCCAGGUCUUCGUCGCGGCUGCUAUUAUUAUUAUUAUUAUUAUUCUCCCUCACGACGGGAAAAUGCAAAUUCUUCGUCGCGGCGGCUGCUAUUAUUAUUAUUAUUAUUAUUGUCUCCCUCACGACGGGAAAAUGCAAAUUCUUCGUCGCGGCGGCUGCUAUUAUUAUUAUUAUUAUUAUUAUUAUUGUCUCCCUCACGACGGGAAAAUGCAAAUUCUUCGUCGCGGCUGCUGCUGCUAUUAUUACUAUUAUUGUUGUUAUUAUUAUUAUCCUCUCCCUCACGACGGGGAAAUGCAAAUUCUGCUGCUAUUAUUAUUAAUAAUAAUAAUAGCAACAGCAGCAACGAAGAAUUUGCAUUUUCCCGUCGUGAGGGAGAUUAUAAUUAUAGUAAUAAUAAUAUCAUUUCCCUCACGACGGGAAAAUGCAAAUUCUUCGUUGCGGCUGCUGCUAUUAUUAUUAUUAUUAUUAUUAUCUCCCGCACGACAGGAAAAUGCAAAUGAGAAUCGACUAAAAUAUUGGGGGGGGGGCCAGUCAUCAUCGAUCUCAAGACUCGGCACACGCGCACCGUCUGAAUGACCAUGCCCCAUCCACUUGAGGGGGACCCAGCCUCCUUAAAUAUUUUAUUUUUUUGGGUGGGGGUGGGGUGGGAAGAAAGGGACCUCGGCCCUUAGGAGUUGGCUCUUAUGAUGAGAAUAUAAAAUGCAUAAUAAAUCGAAAGUUUUGUGUUCCCCACGUAUCCCUCCCCCCCCACCUGCCAUAUCUGCUUCAGGCAGCAACAGCCAACUAAAAGACCAGCCAGCAGGGCUUCAGAAAGCACAUGGUUUUGUGUUUCUCCGUUGUGGGACUACAAUUCCCAUCAUCCCUAGCUAAGCCACGCCAGUGGUUGGGGGUGGUGGGAGUUGUAGUCCCCACAACAGCUGGGGGGGGCAAGUUUGGCGAGGCACAUCCGCAACCCACAGUGGCGCAUUGCGCACGCGCGGGUUGCGAUUCGGAGCUUCUGUGCAUGCACAAAGCGCGAUUUAGUGUUUUUGCGCAUGCGCCAAAACCUGGAAGUAACCCAUUCCGGUACUUCCGGGUUUUGGCGUGUCCAUAACCCAAAAACACGCAACAUGAAGCGUCUGUAACCCGAGGUAUGACUAGUGAGAAACCAGGGUUCAGCCUCUAUUCCAUGUGCAGCUGGGAAAUGUUUAGAAAUCUGGAGAGCCACUUCCGUUUCAGUGUGGACACAACACUGAUAGGGGUGGGGGGAAUAGAUUAUUGUUCUAACAGAGGGUAGCUUUGUUUUUCUUUUUGUGCUUUGGAGACGAGCAUGUUUCGUAGAUGGGAGCCCACUUCACCCAGUAUUUUAAGUUACGUUGUUGGGAGUGCAGCCAUCAUCGUCCCUGACCAUUGGGCCAUACUGACUGGGUCUGAUGGGAGCUGCAGUCCUAGCAAGUAUUAGGAGCACCACAGGUUCCUCACCUUGGUAAGUGUGUGCACACAUGUAUUCUCAAGUACAGCGAUAAAAGGGAGUGGGGAAGGUGUGUUGUAGAGAGUUAGGCAGAACGUUUAAAAUAGUGAUGUGGGUGGCUCUAUGGUCUAAACCCUGACCAUUGGUCCUGAUAGCUAGGGAUGAUGGGAGUUGUAGUCCAACAACUGCUGUAGAAAGGCUGCUUUAUCCUAUUACUGCUAAGUUCACUCAGGAAUCUUUGGUGAGGAACUUGUUGAAGUACAGGCUAUGACUGUUUUAUGUGCGUUCGCAUGGUGGCCUUAUAUGUGCUCUGUAGUAGGCGGGGGGCGUUCAGGAUCAUUGCCUGUAUUUAAUGUCCGUUGUAUAACAUCUGCAACACAGCCAGGAUAUGGAUAUUAUGUUGUUCUUUGUAGGUUUGUAUGGCAUAUACUGGGCGUUUUCCUUUUGAAUGUCACUUUAUUAAUGAACGGAAGCAUUUUCAUAUGUUGCAAAGCAUGUGUUGCACAGAUUUUGCACAGGUCCAUGGUUAUAUCUGACACUGAUAGUUUGAUGUUGAAGCCAGUCAUCAGGACUUCAUGAAUUCUUUUGAAGGAGGCCAGUAACACUGUGUCCUGGAAGCGUUGGGGUAACCUUUAAUAAUAAUAAUUCUGCAAAGAUCUUUUCAUAAAUGGUGAAAAGCUAGUGCAAUGCCAAUACAGAUGGGGGUCUUUGUAUUUCAACAGUGUGAAUAUUCCAUAACACUAGCGCCCUCAAUACAAAAAGGCUUGCCUCUGCAUCACCGCAAGCCAAAAAUCAUUAGGUUGUGGCAAGACUAAUUGGGAACCGUUUGAUCUUAAACUUAAUGCCCUUAACAAGCUAUUGGGUAAGGGGGAGGAUUCACUCAUUCAGGUAAACUGGUCCAGAAUUGUUUAGGGCUUUGUAAGUAUAUAAUAUGAUAUUGAAAUCAGCUUAAUGGCUAAUAGGCAGUUAAGAUCCCUGAGGAUAAACAUUAUAUGUUUUCAUAAGGACCACCUCUCAGACUCUGGCAUUAUGGACCAGCUGCAGCAACUGGACCAUCCAUAAGGAAAGCCCCAUAAGGCUUUCACAGUAGUCUAAACAUGGGGUAUUCCUGUCCAGUAAAAUGACACAGUUUAUAUACUGGAGGAAGCUGGCAAUAGGCACUCUUUGCCAUGGAGAUCACUGUGUGUUUGUUCCAUCAGAGGGAGUGCAAUCCCAUCUAGAACAGCCAAAAUGCCUCAUUCUCUGACCUGAGAACCACUACUCCUUGUGUCUCUGACGUAAAGGUAAAGAGACCACUGACUGUUAGGUCCAGUCGCGGACGACUGGGUUGCUGCGCUCAUCUUGCUUUGCUGGCCGAGGGAGCCGGUGUACAUCUUCUGGGUCAUGUGGCCAGCAUGACUAAGCCGCUUCUGGCGAACCAGAGCAGCGCACGGAAACACCGUUUACCUUCCCGUCGGAGCGGUACCUAUUUAUCUACUUGCACUUUGGUGUGCUUUCAAACUGCUAGGUUGGCAGGAGCAGGGACCAAGCAAUGGGAGCUCACCCCAUCGCAGGGAUUCGAACCGCCGACCUUCCGAUCGGCAAGCCCUAGGCUCAGUGGUUUAGACCACAGCGCCGCCCACGUCCCUUGUCUCUGACUUAGCAGUAUUCAAUUUCAGUUUAUUAACUUAAGUUGGAUUGUCAGCUAUUGUUGUUCUUGAGUUGGGAUAGCCUGGUUCAGUUGUUCCUGCUCUUGUGACCUCCCAUCAGGACUACUGCAAUGUGGUGUUCAUGAGGCUCCCCUUGAAAAUAGUCCAGAAGCUGCAGCUAGUAGAGAAAAUGGCUGCUAGGUUGGUAAGACCUAGCGCUGGCUGCCGUUGUGCUACCAGACCCAAUUCUAGGUACUUGGCACUUGGGUACUAAGCCUUAAAUGGGUCCAAGUAUCUAAAAGAAACCUCGCCUGGAAUUACUUGAAAUACAUGCCCAACAGACUGCUGGAGCAAAUUCCCUCCCCCACUGAAAUAUGAUUAAUAAUAUGCUUAAGAAUAUUGAGAGGCAGGUGGAAUUUAAACUUCCAUCUUAAAUGUUGAGUUGUGUGAGUGAACUAGGUUGUCUGACAGCCAGAUUCCUAUGAUAACUAGGAUUGGUGUUUGGUCGGGAAAAAACUUGGUUAAUGGACCAUUCAGAUAUUCUGAAAUUUUUUUUUUGGCUGGGGGACAGGAAGAAUGAGUGGGGUGGGGAAGCUGCCAGAGGGUGGUGCCAUGAUACCCUCUCAAAAUUCCUAGUGACCCACAUCCUCAAAAUGAUUGGGAACCCUUGCUUUUGUACAAAUUUGUGUGUGCUGUGACAUCAAAAGUGGUUUGGCUGGAGCAUUUUUAGGCAUUUCAUCUUCCACUUCAGGCAACUGUCCAAGAGGGUAAAAUUUUGACUGGCUAGUACAGGCUGGGCAGCUGAUUUGCCUAGACUUGCACCAGUUUGAUGGCGGGUUGUAUAUGUUUUAUGCUUCUCUGAAUUUUGUAUUGUUAUUCCUGUUCAGAAAUGCAUGUAGUGUUUUUUUGUUGUUUUUUUUGGCUAUAUUUUAAUCCUUCUUUUCCCCCACAGAGGUCAGGGUGAUAUAUGAGCAUUUGUCACAGGAAAGUUGUAAGUCAGGGAACGUGUGCACAUUAAUGAGAAACUUACAAAGUCCUGAAAGGUGCAGGGCUUGGGAACAAGGGGCUUUCCAUUGUACUGUAGCUACCAGAUGAUACCACAAAAAUGUUACUGGCCACUUAGCAAGGAAAUUCUUAACUUCAGGGAAUAUUUGAUAGAACAUACAUGUGGCCAUAUAAUAGAUGGUUGGUUGACUAUUCCAACCAUUCCACUAUGCUAUACGGGAGGGAGAUGGAACUGCAGGGCCUCUCUAUCCACUCUGCUGAUACACCAACAGCUUUAGGUUCUUACCAAAUCAUUCUAUUUCAGCUGGUCAGUGCAAGAGUUGGCGCCUGAGCAUGCUUCUACCUCCCUCCCUCCCUCCCUCCCUUUUCCAUUUGUUUUGUGUAUUUUAGACAGUAAGUCUUAGGACAGGGACUGCCUUAUCAUGGAAGCCUUUUUUGACUGAAAAGCAGAACAAAAAUAGGUUUAAAUUUUUAUUUUUUUUACCACUAUCCCAAUCCUGAUUUACAAAACUGAUGCUUCUUAGUAGUUAGCUGUUAGUUAUUCACUCUGAGCAAAUGGGCUAUUUUGAGGAUGCUACUUUCAGACCCACAACUCUAUUUGGUUGCUGGUAUUCACACAGUCCACAUGUAAUGGAAAAGUAAUGGUUCCCACCAUGAAAGCAAGUCACCGGGAGCAAGCCUUCCCACUGCAAAAGGAAGCAGCUUCUGUUAUGCAGCAGUGAGGAGGACACUGAAAGUUUAUAUUUUAUUUUAAACUAACCAACUUGGGGGAAAUGUGGUCUGCCCACGCGUGGGCAAGCUGUGUCCCAAGAGCUGCAUGUGGUCCUCAGUCUAAUUCUCCCUUUGGGGAUGCCCAGAGUGAGAAGGAGAGUGGAAGGUGAGGAAAUAUGGAGGGUACACCAGAAAUGGAUGUCACAGUGGGAGAAGGAUAGGAAAUCCUCUGAAAGUGAUUAGUUCAGACCUCUGGUAAGAGCAAGCUGUCCUUUGGCAACUGCUGGGCAAGGAGGGGAAGGGAAGAGAAAGAAGGAAAGCGGGUGGCAGAGAAAGGAAGAAAAGAUGACCCCAUCCACUUUUUACUCUGGUUUUGCACCCACUUCUACCUUGAGAGAAUGCAGACCUUGACAGAAAAGUGUUUCCUCUCCCUAGUUUAGUGGCCAGUGAAAAGAGGCCCAAAUCAAAGUGUGGUGUCAAAUCGUCAUUUGGUCUCCAGCCAUAGUUUAAAGGACUCACACUUCCCCAAGGCUCACAGUUGUUCUUUGUGUUACUGGGAAACCAUGAUUUCCUAUUCUGUUUCAACAGAACAAGUGGGUAUGUAGAGGCGGGUAAUUGACUCUUCACCCACUUGGAAUUGCAUGUGGCAAUGCCAUAGUUUGCAGUAGUUCAUACUGAUGUGGUAAUGUUGAUGUGCUGCUGUACUAAUAGAACAGGGGUCCCUAACCUGCGGCCCAUGGGCCGGAAGCAGCCCAUGGAGGUCGUUUAACCGGCCUGCGAGCUGCCCCCAAACUGAGCCGCCCAUUCGUGAGUCCCCAUGUGCUGCAGUAAAUUGUGGCGCUGGAAAUCGCUUCUGUGCAUGCCCAGAUGCCAGAAAUAGCUUCUGCGCAGACACCAUUUUCAGUGUCUGCGCAUGCACAGAAGUGAUUUUUGGCGCUGCGGAUAUGCGCAGACGCAAUUUCCGGUGUUGCAUUGCACCGGCCCAUGGAGGAUCUGGCCCAUACCCAGUAAGCCUUGCCGACCCCUGUAAUAGAAGUCCUGAGUCUACUCAUUUUGGUUGCACACAACCAUACAUACCUAAGCUGGUAUAGGUGGAGCAGUUUCUGCAGUUGGUCCUAUAUAGUUUGCUUAUUUAAAAUAUUUAUGUACCAGUUGGCAGGUGGAUCUCACAAAGUAGUUUUGUUUCCUACCAGUGGGGUCCCUUCUUGGUAUGGUGACCCUCAAGUCCAAAUGUGCUUGGCAUAGUGACCCAUUGUUUUAUUGUCACAUGAAUUUUUGACCAUCGGUCUUCAGCGGCCAUUGAUUAUGUGCAUUUUAACUACAAGGUUGCCAUUACUUGAGGCAUCCAAGAAAAAAAAUACUGAACACCCCUAUUAAUGUGGAAUUUUUUGAAAUAUUUAUAGUGCUUACAAAAUUAUUCAGUUUUUUUAUAGGAGUGUAAGAACAGCAAGCAUCUGAUAGCAAGAUAUUGCUUCAUAAGCUAUAAAAAUAUUCUUAAAACAUACAGCUGCACAGGCAAUGCUAGAUAUAGCAAACUUAGAAUAUUUUUAAUAGUUUUAUUCACUAUAAAGUCCAUUUUGGCAAGUGUAAGUGGUAUGGCUGUGCUUUCAUUUUGCCAACAAGUAGGUCAGUGUGGGGUUUGAUGAUUGUGAGACAUAGUCUCAGAUCAUUAUUAAUGUAUAAGAUAAAGAUAUUAUUUCUUAUUUCAACUAAGCAAACUUCAAAUUACUCUUGACUUAACUAUUGGCUAAUCCUGGCAGUAGAUCCAGUGACAGUUUGCCACAAGGUGCUUGUAGGGGGAGUUGUUUUGAGUGACUAUAACAGCUUGCCUCUUAUGGUGUGAGUGUCUUGUGAUGAACUGUUACUAGAUCUGCUGCCAGUCACCAAGCAUUAAAAUAUAAGACUCAAGCCUUUCUGCUGUACAGUUACAAGUGUCAACACAGCGUUACAAUAAUAAUAAAAAUAAAAAUAAAAAUAAAAUAAAAUAAAUAUAUUUAUAUCCCGCCCUCCCCAGCUGAAGCCGGGCUCAGGGCGGCUAACAACAAUAAAACAGUAUAAAAGUACAGCAUAAACAACACUCUAAAAUCAUUCAUUAUAAAAUUAAUUAAUUCAAGCCACUGGCAACCAUUGGGCCAGAGCUCCGCGAAUAUUGCCGAGGGAGGGAGUCAGGCUGUGCCCUGGCCAAAGGCCUGUUGGAACAGCUCUGUCUUGCAGGCCCUGCGGAAAGAUGUCAAGUCCUGCAGGGCCCUGGUCUCUUGUGACAGAGUGUUCCACCAGAUCGGAGCCACAGCCGAAAAAGCCCUGGCUCUAGUUGAGGCCAGCCUAACUUCUCUGUGGCCUGGGACCUUCAAGAUGUUUUUAUUUGAAGACCGUAAGUUUCUCUGUGGGGCAUACCAGGAGAGGCAGUCCCGUAGGUACGAGGGUCCUAGGCCGUAUAGGGCUUUAAAGGUUAAAACCAGCACCUUAAACCUGAUCCUGUACUCCACCGGGAGCCAGUGCAGCUGGUGUAGCACUGGGUGAAUGUGAUCUCGCAGUGAAGACCUCGUAAGGAGUCUCGCUGCAGCAUUCUGCACCCGCUGGAGUUUCUGGGUCAGUCUCAAGGGCAGCCCCACGUAGAGCGAGUUACAAUAAUCCAGUCUGGAGGUGACCGUCGCGUGGAUCACAGUGGCUAGGUCAGGGCGAGAGAGGUAAGGAGCCAACUGCUUAGCUUGGCGGAGAUGGAAAAAUGCCUUUACCUUUUUAAAAAUAAUAUGCCAAGAAGCUAUAAGCGGUAUUCAUCAUACUAGUUAAGGAUUAAAAGCCAUAAUUAUCUGGGUUAUACUUGUAAAGACUGCAACCCAUCAGCAGAGGCAUUGCAACCAACUAGCAGGUUGUGACACACAGGUUGGAAAUACUGCUUUAAAUGGCUUCAGCAAACAGCUAGAGUGGACUUCGUACUUCACAUUUGUAACUGCGCACCACCUAAAAAGUAAGGAGUAGCACUAACAAUAUUUUUAUGUAUGUAUGUUAUAGAAUAAAUCAAAAGAAGUUAUAGUAUCAGUUUAUCAAUACUAUACUAUCACCAGUGCAUAACACUUGUAUUUAAAGCAGGAUGGUCAUUUUAGUCAGUUGGUUGAAUUUGCAUUGCAAUAUAAGCAUAAUCUUGCCUUUAGAUCAUGUAUAUGUGAGUGUUGUAGUAGCAUAAUCUUAGGUAAUUCCCUCUUUUGUCUACGAGAAUAGUAAAAGCCUCUUUUAAGAUGAGACUUGCCAAGAGAGAAGUUAAAACAUCUGCUGCCUAAUUAAUCAGGUCAACUUUUUGAUUGGUCAAAAUACUUAUGGUAAAUUAAAUGUUCCCAUCUAAAUUUAAAGGCAUUUUCCUGGAAGUUAAUGCCACAUAUAAUAUCCAUCAGUGGUUUGAAGGAGGUGGGUUGAACUAGGUUGUGUCUCCAUCAUAGUUAGUUAACAGCAUCACCACCACUGAUUCUUUGUUUCAUCUACUUUGUUGAGCUUUUCUCAUUUCCUGGCUCUCUUUCAACAUCUAUGGAAAUAACUAAAAGUAGCCCUGUUUGGAAAGAUGAGGAUAAAAAACGUCCCCAGGUCUGACUGCUAAGAUACCCAGUGAUAUACUCAUCACUCAUAUUCUAUUGCUGUUGAUAUUAUGCUGGUCUAUUAUGGUGUAUAGACUCGUAGUAAGAUUUAAAAACUUCUUUGUUUCUACCACUAGUCUGCUGUCAAAAACUGGUUGCUUAUAGGAAUAGUAUUUUUACUUAGAAGCAGAUACUCUUUUCCGCAUUAGCAGAGAAUAGCUCCACACAAUACUACCAUAUACAUAAAACAUGGGGUUGUUGCAAAAGAUGCUAUCCCAUAUCCCUGGUAAGAUUCCUUUUUCUGAAUCAUUGUCAUAUUGUGUCUUCCAGUGACAUCUUUGGCUUGGAAGUGGGGAAAGAGAGCCAAACACAAAUCCUUAAUUUUACACUUGCUCCCGUGUCUUUAAGCAAAUUGGAGUGGAAAAGGCAGAUGGUCUUCAUUACGAGAAUUCUUGGAUUGUGGUGCUAGGUAGUAUAUAGGCUGUAUGUCAUUGGAUGUGGAUGUUCUGUUAUAACAAAUUUAGUAUGCAGGAUUGUUCAAGAGAUCUAUGAAUUGAAAAAAAAUCAAACUUGAUUUAUAUCAAUAAUAUACAUAUCCAUAUGACCAGUUUGGAUGCUUUUCAGUCGUUUCUCCAGUGAUUGCAGACAGCUUCCCUUAAACACCACUGCAGAUUGCCUCUUGAAACAGGCAAUUUUGGGUGUGUUAUAGAUGUGCUCUCCAUUCAUGUGGAGCAAUGGUGAAGCCCAAGAAAUGUGGCCAGUGCCCUGAUUGUCCACCCUAGAACACCUGUAGGAAUCAUGUGCUUUACCUGGGAUUCAGUUGUAGAUAUAUGGAGGUUCCUUGGCAGAUGUCAGUGUGGAAGGAAUUUCCUGGGGUUGGGGCGUUUGAAACCCUGGCACUUAAUUCCUGAGUGCUUAUCUGCUUCAAAUAGAAAGCUUUCAUGCCCUGUAUUGGUAUUUUCAGAUUUGCAAAGCAAGGCAGAACAGAAAUUGAAUACCCUAAUUUUUAUAGGCUUAGUUCAUGACGAAGCUGUUCUGAAAACCCAGAAUGACUUGUCUAUCUUUGGUUAUCAUCAUCAUGGCAAAUCAUUCUAGAAUAUCUUACGUAGAGGGAAAGGUAAUCUAGAACCAAUAGAAACAUGGGCUUGUUUAUUUCCAAUAAGGAAAUUUUGUAAUAGAGAGCCUUUAUUAUGGUUAUUUCAAUGUAACUUAUCUUUCUUUGUUCUGGAAAUCAUUUAGGAAGGAUCGAGAUCGUGAACGGGAUCGUGAUGACCGGUCCAAAGACCGUGACAGGGAUCGAGAUAGAGACCGUGACAGGGAAAGAGAUAAGGAAAAGGAUUUACGCCCAUCAACCAAUUCUGCACUCCUUCCUGGUGUUGGGUUGCCACCUUUAAAGCCAGCUGUCCUUCCACAGGGUAUUAAUCCAUUUACAAAUCUACCACAUACACCUCGUUACUAUGAAAUCUUAAAGAAACGACUUCAGCUCCCGGUCUGGGAAUAUAAGGAAAGAUUUACUGAUAUUCUGAUCAGACACCAGUCUUUCGUACUUGUUGGUGAGACAGGUUCUGGCAAAACAACACAGGUAAGUUAUUUUUUCCAACCUUUAUUCAUUUGUAAAGAUUUUGUGGUGUGCGGCAAGUGUUAAAUGUUUGGAAGGAUUCUGUGAAAGUAUUAAGUGUUGUACUAGCAAUAUUUCAGUGUCCUUAACGAAAUUCGUUGUGCAGUGACACAUCACAGGUCUUACCCUUUUGAGCAAGAUCUGUUUAAUGAACCUUUCAGUUGCUUAAUGACUAGAAAAUGAUGUAAUGAGAUUUCACUCUCCUCCCCCACCUCUGGUAGUCUGUCUGUCUCUUCAGGGUCUGUUACCUUUUCAUAAAAGGUUCAGUGAUGUUUGAAUUGCUCAAUACAAGCCUGUGUUAAUCUACAAAUAACUGCUAUUCUGGUUACUUGGAUGUGAUGAACUUAUAAUAAUGGUAAGAAAGUAUGGGAAGCCACUUAUUCAAACCGUAUUUUUCUGAAACUGUCUACUGGCUUAAUGGAAAAAACCAAUGUAUUCCAAUUCUUAUUCAUUGAUAGCAACUGAAUUGCUUUGUUUUAUAUACUUUGACAGUAUAAAAUGACUGUUUGUUGCCUAUGUAGAUUGCUUUCUGGUUUGUAGUAGUGUUAGAUCUUAUCCUCUAGAAAGAAUUAUGUCACUGAUAGAGGUGUGGAGAACAUAUUGCUCUCAAAAGUCAUAGGUGCAGGGCUCAUUGUUCUCAGGGAGUUCACAUAAAGGACAGUAUUUUAAAUGCUACACAUAAACAGACUUGUUACAAGAACAAAAUGUUCUGGUGUAUUUGGUCUUAAUUUUCAAUAUACAGUAUAUAUAUAAAUCUCCUCAUUUCAUCACCUUUGCAACCAUUAGUCCUAUAGGUAUCAGUGAGAUUUCUGACAGUGGUGAAGAAUUUUCUGUGCUUGGGCCCUUUGUAGUCUGUCAAAGGGAGAUAUUCAGAAUCAUAGAAUUGUAGAGUUGGAAGGGACCAAGAGGGUUAUCUAGUCCAACUCUCUGCAAGGCAGGAAUCUUAAGAAAACAUCCACAUAUGCUGGUAAAGGAAUGCUUCAGUAUUUAAUAUUCAGUACAUUCAGAACUAUCAGUUUUGGGGCAUGGCUGUGAAGGAAAGAAUAUGGCCGCUUAAACUUUAAGCUCUACUCCAGAAAAACAGCUUGGAGCAAGAGCCUGCUGUCUAAAAACCCCAAACCUUGAAGGAGAGAGGAAUGCAAAAGGAUUCAGAAAAGUCAAAAAUGAAAGGCCUCACUCAAUUCUUUCUGCACAUAGAUAGAAAUCUCACCUCCCCAAGGACACUAAUGCAGGCCAAAGCCAAGAUGGUACCUCUCUUGAAAGAGGUGUGUUCCUCACUGGAGAAAGAAAAUGGUAACAAUGUCUUAAGAGAAGAAUUUGCAGCCCAACAAGAAGCCAUAAAGGAGCUUAUUAAAAAUACUCAGAAAGAACUAAGCAAUGCUUCCAGUAGAAACGAAACUGGCAGAAUGUAACAAGAGGCUUUACUCCUUAACGGAAACAACUGCAGCAACAAAAGAUUAAGGCAAAUCUAUGAUAAAAAGUUCAAAGAAUUGCAAAAAGAAAAUAUAGAUAUAUGAAGAUGCAGAAAAUCAAAAUAGGAGAAUUAAUUUACAUUUUCAUUCUUCUGAAGAGGCAGUGGAAAAGAAUGAUCCUGCACAAUUUAUUGCCUCUUGGCCGAAAUCACUGCUUCCAGACCUCAUAAUCUCUGCUGAUGAUUUUGAACGGGUACACAGAGCACUCAAACCCAAACUGAUAGAGGGAGCUCCCCUCAUGAUACAAUUGUCUGUUUUGCCCGCUACAGGGAGGAGGAAAUGUGGAAUAAACUGAGGAACCUAAUACCCAUAACAUAUAAAAACAGCCCAGUUGCAGUGAUGGAGGAACUGGAUUUUGGAACACUCAAGAAAAGGAAAAACUCUCUGUGCUUGCAUGAUUAAACAAUAAGAAGCUGGAAUUAAAUAAUGCUUGGGCUUUUCCUUCUGUCAUAUCAUCAAGAGAGGAUCAGCACAGCUCACAGCAACAAAUAGACUCGAAGCAACAGAUCUCCUCAACAGUCUUGGAAUCAACCUGCCUCUGGCAUGGCAGCUAGGAGAGGCGGUGGAAGAAGGAACACUCUGACCUUUCCAAUGGAGGUUGGGAGGAUGCAAACAGGAGAAAAAGAUCUAGCAAAAGCCUGACACAUAACAGCCAAGGAGACCACCACAACACACCCAGCAGAUUCCUAUGUCCUGCUUCCUGAGACAGACGGAUGCCAAUAACAACAACAACCAACAUCAGACCAAGAAAUACGGACUAAAUCUUCAGUGUUUCGGCUAAUCCAGUUAUCAGUAAGGCAGCCACAAGACCAAUAGCCUCAUUUGAAAGACUUGUAAAUUCCUUCUGAGGAUAAGGUCUAGAUGUAACACCCACAAUCUACAUAGAUUGUGCAUUGAGAGCUGGACCAUAAAGAAGGCUGAUCACCGAAGAAUUGAUGCUUUUGAAUUAUGGUGCUGGAGGAGAUUCUUGAGAGUCCCAUGGACUGCAAGAAGAUCAAACCUAUCCAUUCUGAAGGAAAUCAGCCCUGAGUGCUCACUGGAAGGACAGAUCCUGAAGCUGAGGCUCCAAUACUUUGGCCACCUCAUGAGAAGAGAAGACUCCUUGGAAAAGACCCUGAUGUUGGGAAAGAUGGAGGGCACAAGGAGAAGGGGACAACAGAGGACGAGAUGGUUGGACAGUGUUCUCGAAGCUACGAACAUGAGUUUGACCAAACUGCGCGAGGCAGUGGAAGACAGGAGUGCCUGGUGUGCUCUGGUCCAUGGGGGCACAAAGAGUCAGACACAACUAAACAACAACAGCAACAACUCAAUGCAUUGGUGGGUUCACUUGACCCAAUUAAACAUCAGUGUGAAUGUGAUUUCGGUUAUGAAUUUGACCCAAGUCAGUGAAAUAGACUUUGGACAAAAAAGCCUUUAAGUCUCUCUUGGCAAGCUAUAGAGAAUUAACCCUAAAACUCAUAUAGGUAGCUGACAGUGAUCCAUCCCAGCACCUCACCACAUAACUGGAAGGGCUGCCCCACACCCAGUAUAUAUCUCCACAUGUUGUGGAAAUAUACAGAAGUUCAAACAUUCUGGAAUUUGAUACUUCAAUAAAUUAAUAAAAUAACAAAAAAUAGAAGUUGAACCAGAAUUAGUUUAUUAAAUGCAUUUGAAGACAACAAUCUGGAUUUACUGUACAUAAUAAAGAAUUAAUAAGUCAUUUAUUACAAGUGGUGAGAUGCAGCAUAACCAGAUACUGGAAAGACCUUUCUGGUAGAAUGAUAGACAAUUGGUACAAAACAGUUUGGGAAACAGCCCUCCUUGAGAGAUUAAAAAAUAAAAUACAGUUGACACGUGGACAGAUCAAGAAAAACUGCUUUCCUCUUAUGUGGUUUAAAAUUUCAUAACAUAUGCCAGUAUUUCAGAAAAUGAACAAUCCCCCUCAUCAGCAUUUGACUCAGUCUGGUUGAUCUUAAUUUAAAUUUAUGCAUAAAUUAUUAUCUUAACUUUGAGUCAAUAUACCAACACUUUAUACUGUUUCAUUGGUAACAUAUAGGAAAAAUGACUAUUACUCAUACGUAAUCUAAGCACAACCACAAGGGUUCCUCAUGGGCAUUUUAGCUACGUGGUAUUGAAUGUUACCUGUUCUAUCUUGUUUCCCCCUUUGUUUUUUGUUUUUAUUUUAACCUGUUCACAAACCAAUAACUUAUACAUGGACUUUUUGAACCAUACGUUGCAGGUAUUACUGCAAAUUGUUUUUCCAAAAAAAGGUGAAGAAUCUGUUUUGUAGAAAAGAACUCUGCUCUAAAACAAAGAGGAAAAGUAUGAUACAGUGAAUAUUUGUGUUCUUGUUAAAGAGUCAUCAGGGUCUAACAUCUUGGGUAUCUAAAAUACAGUACAUAUUUUAUUAUAGGCUAGGAUGUUACGACUAUCAAAGUGACUAUCAAAGCUAUUAGUCUUCUGCAUUCUUUGAUGAAUUCGGAACAAUUUAGCCUUUUCUUUCUUGUGGAGGCAUCUAGCUCCCAUUAAAUGGAAAUACAGCAAAGAAUCAGGGUCCAGAUGAUGGUUUGCCGAGUGGUGACAUGUGAUGCAGGCUUUGUUAAGAGUGUGGAACCAAUAAUUCUUAAUGAUCUUCAUGGCAGAGUGAGGAUUUGGACCUGUUCCCCGAUUCUAGCCCAAUACUCUUCUCACUAGACUGAUGUUUUCUAAUGGUGCUAAGUUUUGUGAGUGAGUAAUUCCUUAUGCUUGUCAUAUAUUUUUUUCAAGACUCAUUGUGUAGGAUCGUGCCAGCUGCCUAGGCUGCCUCCAGAUUCGGUGGCUACCAGAAGUAUUCACUUUUUCAGUGUGUACAUCACACUGUAUGUUCUUUAUGCACCAUGACAUUCUGCUGUAGAUCAAGCCAUUUGAGGUUCAACACACAUACAAUAGAAUGUGCAUGCUAGGUGCCAUCCUCCCCCUUUUAAUCAGUAAUUAAAUUGAUUAAAUGCUCUUGCACCAUAAAUUACCGUUAUAGCAGCAGGGUAUUAUAGCACUGUACUUCUCUUUCAUAAAGUGUUUUAGCGGAAAUUUAAAAAUUGGUUUUUUAAAAAUAAAACGGUAUGUUCUGAGCUGUGAUAGGUUUAUUUCUGGAAAUGUCACUUCCCACCUCUUAAACACCCCCUCUGGAAAAAACAGAAGAGUAACACUUAAAGGCAUCUAGUGGAGAUUGAACCACUCUUCCGUGCUUCUAAAAAAGGGCAGGCUUUCUUUCAGUCUGAAAAAAGAUAGAAGAACCUCGGGGGUGAUACAGAAUGACAGUGAUUAGAUGACACUGUUGUGUGGAUAUACAGUAAAAAGUGAAUGAAGCUUGGGAAUUCCACACUAUAGAUACCUAAUGUGAAAGUAGCGUGGUAAGUUGUAUGAUACCUUAUGUGAAGUGCUUAGCAAGAUCUGCCUGAAACUGAUAUAUAAAUUCUGUAAAUAAGAAUAAUAAUAGUUGGGAUCCUUUCAGCAAUAUUUGGAUUUUAUUUUGACAUAUUAGUUUGACAGGGUAUCUGUCCUAAAGUAAUCUUCACGCAGUUCUGCAAAAACUUGCAUAAUUGCACUAGACUAAACCAUUGCCAAAAACAUAUUCCUAAUUGAUAUUAUAGCUUUUGUUCUGGCUUGCUGUUUGUAGCUAUGUCUUAAAUAUCCAGCCUGUUGGUUUUAGGAACACACACUGCCUCAGUGAACUGACAGGGUAUAACACCUGCUUUCAUAAUAGCCACAUUUAAAGUUAUUUUCAAAUGCACAAACACAACAACAAAUAUGGCAGAUAGAUCUUCCCCACAGGCAUUCAUUCUUCUUUGCCACAGGUCAGGAUUUCAUUUUGUCAAUAGUGCUUGCCAAUCAUUUGUGUCAAAUCUCCUUAUCCAGGAGCAUAUAAGUAAUAAGACUAGAGUAAUUCAGUCUCCUGUAAUCUUUAUAUGGGAUACGAUUGUUUUUCCUCUCGAAAGAAUGCUAGAGGAAAUGUAUAGAAAGUUGCAUAGCUGAAAGCUCUCCUUAGCUUGCUAGAAAGAGGCUAUAGCAGAUUUUUCCACCGCUAGGGAAGAUCUUGUUAACCAAAGGGUGGUAGCCAGGAUGUUCUUAACUGUAGGAUUAAGCAUUCAUUGGAAUCCUCACUUGAUAUGGUCUCCAGUUUAAUCAGGACAUUUUCCAAGUACUUGCCAGCGGAUUGAGUACCCGAGUUGCAUUAAGUUAUUUUAGUUCACAUCUUUCAUCUUCCUUGCUCAUGUAUUGAAGCAUUAGGGGUCAUAAAAUGAAAAUGUGUAUCUUCUCUUCUUGAAGCAGUCACUUAAAGAUCAUGACGGUUUAUCUUUAGUUGUUGGCUGUAGCAUCACCAUUAGGUCUCUGUAGUUUAAGGCUACUUUGCUUAGUCCCUGCUUAGUCCCUGCAGAACAGCACUAUGAACUCCAUUGUUCUGCUGUUUUAUUAAACAGCUUAAUUCAGGUAAAGCUUCAAAUUCCUAUCCCUGCAUUUUCGCAUAGUCAAGAUAGAUACAAGGUAGUCGUUUAUAUGAAAUUGGGGAAUAUGUCUUCUUUUAUUGCUCCUCCUCCUCUGACUGUCUUAAAUAGGAAUUUAGCGCUGCAUGCAGUCCUCUGCCUCUCCCCUCUCAGUUCAACAGCCACUUGUCUCAAAGAUGAAUGUAUAAUACUCUGUUUCUAAAAGCAGCUUUCAGAAUGGCAUUAAACAUAUCAUUCACACCCCAAAACCUGCAGAUUUUUGAGCCACAUUGAGUUGAAUCCAUUAUAUUCUGUUUGUAUGUGAGGGAAGUUGUAUGUUUUACAUGCUGAUGCUCUCGUAUGAAAUAGCGUUGCAUUCAAUUGUUGGAGGUUAAGCAAAGUAGACACUGGAAAAAAAUUAGUACUUUGCUUUUGAGUUCAUUUAAUUUGGUUUAAAAAUUUUCUAUGUCUCUUUUGCUACUGUGUAUCCUAGUUUAUCUCUUGUUAGGUUGUACUAAACCAGUUACCUUAGUACAGUGGUGCCUCGCAAGACGAAAUUAAUUCGUUCCGCGAGUUUCUUCGUCUAGCGAAUUUUUCGUCUUGCGAGGCACGGUUUCCCAUAGGAAUGCAUUGAAAUUCAAUUAAUGCAUUCCUAUGGUCAAAAAAAGUCCAAUCAGAGCCAAAUUUGGUACAACAAUAGUUUAUUAACUGCUCUUUAAAGUCACACAUACUUUAAAGAGCAUAUCAAAAAUUGAAGGAACAAUAAAUUAAGUUUCUAAACAUGACAGAAAAACAUUUAAAAAUCAACAAAGUGUACUGUACAUACAUUUUCUAAGACUCUGGGGACCACUCAAAGAAGGUUCCUCUUCCACUCUUUGCUUCUUGCUGAGGAACCUGUCCAUGGUCUGCUGCUUCAUCCGCCUUUUCAGCAGCUCCCUGAGAGGCAACAUGACCGUCGUAUCAAAAGUGUUCGCUUGGUCAUGUGCCACGUGCUUGUUAGGGUGGUGCCGCUCUGCAAAAGCCUGCACCUCCUUCCACUUCUGGCAAAUGUCCCUCAGUUCUUUGGAGGACGGCCGUUCCUCAGUUGCUUCCUCCUCUUCCAGCGAGGCCUGCUCCUGCGCAACCUCUGACUGCAGUUCAGCCAGCUCCUGGGUGGUCAGCUCGUGGUCGUGCUCCUCCACCAGCUCGCAGAUGUCCUCCUCUGUGACCUCCAGGCCCAUGGUCCUCCCCAAGGCAACAAUGUCCUGCACCACUGUUGACUCUGGUGCAUCAGAGUCACUUGGUGCCACACAGUCCGGCCAUAGGCUGCGCCAAGCGCAAUUCAAAUUUCUCUGGCUGAUCCCGUUCCAGGCCGUGGUGAUCAUCUUCAAGCAGGUGACAAUGUCGAAGUGGUCCUUCCAGAAUUCCCGCAGGGUGAUGGUGGUGCAAUCAGUCACCUCAAAGCAUCACCUGAAAAGCUCCUUGGUGUAGAGUUUUUUGAAAUUGGCGAUGACCUGCUGAUCCAUCGGCUGGAGCAGUGGCGUGGUGUUAGGCGGCAGGAACAUGAUGUUGAUGAAGCUGAACUCCUCCAACAAGUCCACCUCAAGGCCUUUAGGAUGAGCAGGAGCAUUGUCAUCAGAAGCAAAGCCUUCAGCGGCAGGUCGUUGUCCAGCAGGUACUGUUUGACAGCAGGGCCAAAAGCAAGAUUGACCCAGUCCACAAACAGCACACGUGUGACCCAAGCCUUGCUGUUGGAUCGCCACAUGACACUCAGCCGCUCCUUGUCGACCUUGUGUUUCUUGAAGGCCCGUGGGUUCUCCGAGUGGUACACCAGCAGGGGCUUGAUCUUCAGGUCGCCGCUUGCGUUGGCACAGAAGAGCAGGGUCAGGCGGUCCUUCAUGGGCUUGUGGCCAGGCAACUUGGCCUCCUCCUGUGUGAGGAAAGUCCUUUUGGGCAUCCUCUUCCAAAACAGCCCGGUCUCGUCGCAGUUGAAGACCUGCUGUGGAACGUAGCCCUCUGUCUUCACAGCCUCCAGGAACUCCAAGGCAAAGUCUUCAACCGCAGGAACAUCAGAACUGGCAGCCUCUCCAUGCCUGACCACGCUGUGGAUUCCAGAUCUUGCCUUGAACCGGUCAAACCAGCCUCUGCUUGCCUUGAAGACUUCUGGCUCGCCUGAGGUUCCUGGCUGUUCCCGGAUGAGGUCUGCAUGCAAGGCCUUGGCCUUCUCACAAAUGAUGGCCUCAGUCACUGUGUCCCCUGCACCCUGCUUCUCUUCUAACCAGAUGAGCAGCAACUUCUCGACCUCCUCCAGAACAGCUGGGCGGUUCUUCACGAUCCUGGUGACUCCCUUGGCUGCAUCAGUCGCAAGGAUCUUCUCCCUCAUCUUCAGGAUGGUCCCGAUGGUCGAUGGGUUCCUGCCGUACUCCCUGGCGAGGUCCGUCACACGCAUUCCACCGUCGUGCUUCCAGAUGAUCUCCUUCUUCAUUUCCAGCGUCACCUUCUCCUUCUUCCUCUCGCCGGCCUCCGCAGCAGCAGCAGUCUUCUUGGGUCCCAUGGCAGCAUAGCUCUUACCUUCGUAAAUUCAGAAAAAGAAAAAAAAAAUCAGCAAUUCAAACCCAGAACCAAGUCCUUGAAUUCCAAACACCCAACCCAAAAUCCAAAAACCCCAAAAAAAAGUUUUAAAAGUUUAACUUACGAAAUGGCUGCAAAUCACCAAAGUCUUCAAAAUCCUCAAAUGGCUGCAAAAUAAGUUUUGGGAAAGCUUUAAAAAUCACCAAAGUCUUCAAAAACCUCAACUGUUCCCCCAGCCCCUCCCCAACUGUUGCAAACCCCUCCCCAACUGUUGCAAACCCCUCCUCAACUGUUCCCCCAUCCACCCAGCACACAGAAAUUCAAACCCAGAAUUUUUUUCAAAAAACAACAACAUGGCCCAAUGGUCACAGAAAACCAUAAAAAUUCAAAAAAACCCACACAAGCUUCCAGAUUCUUGCAAACCCCUCCCCAGCUGUUCCCCCAGCCACCCAGCACACAGAAAUUCAAAACCCAGAAUUUUUUUUCCAAAAAAACCAACAUGGCCCAAUGGUCACAGAAAACCAUAAAAAUUAAAAAAAAACCACACAAGCUCCCAGAUUCUUGCAAACCCCUCCCCAGCUGUUCCCCCAGCCACCCAGCACACAGAAAUUCAAAACCCAGAAUUUUUUUUCAAAAAAAAUAUAAACAUGGCCCUAUGGUCACAGAAAAUCAUAAAAAUGCAGAAAAAAACCACACAAGCUCCCAGAUUCUUGCAAACCUCUCCCCAACACCAAGUCCUUGAAUUCUAAACACCCCAACCCAAAAUCCAAAACCCCCCCAAAAAAGUUUUAAAAGUUUAACUUACCAAACAGCUGCAAAAGAAGUUUUGGAAAAGCUUCAAAAAAUCAGCAAACUCUUUAAAAAGCUCAAAAAGGCCACCACACCGCGUGCAAUGUGUUGCUCCUCAAAGUCAAGUCGCAACUGCACCUCUUCCAGCAAUGCACCCUGGGUAUUAACGGUUUUACAAAAAAGGAAACAAACUUGCAAGACGUUUUCGUCUUGCGAAGCAAGCCCAUAGGGAAAUUCGUCUGGCGAAGCAACUCAAAAACGAAAAAACCUUUCGUCUUGCGAGUUUUUCGUCUUGCGAGGCGUUCGUCUUGCGGGGCACCACUGUAUCUUUUAAAAUGUCUUAUCUUUUGCCCUUUUACAGAAACACUUUUCAUGUUAGUGUACAACUUUUCACAGUAAUAUGAUCCAAUUUUUUAGCUAUUGGAGUUGCAAACGGUUCGCUUUGUCAUAGAUUUACACUUUCUUUGAAUAGUAACUGUCUGAAAGACUGAUAUUUAUCUUCAGCAAAUAUGGAGGCUAAGUGAAAGACUUCAGCACUUAGUUUCAUAGUCAUUGGUGGCUAUUGUAUUUGGUCAUUUUAAUGUGCAUUGAACACACGUUCCUAUGACUGUUGCCCCUUUCUUUCCUGCUUGUGUCAGUUUAAUACAAGCUUCUUGAAUAAGGGCCCAUUUGUAUUUAUCAUUUAACAACUCUGAUACAUUUUAGAAAUAUAAAUAAUAUACCGAAGAUUUUUCCUGAUAGAUUCCUCAGUGGUGCGUUGAUUAUAUGCGGUCACUGCCGGGGCCAAAGAGAGGUGUUGCUUGUACCCAGCCCAGAAGAGUUGCCGCAAUGAGUGUGGCCCAGCGUGUUGCUGAUGAGAUGGAUGUCAUGUUAGGACAAGAAGUUGGGUACUCUAUUCGAUUUGAAGACUGCAGUAGUGCAAAAACUAUUCUGAAGUAAGUAUUGAAUGCCACCCUUUCCUAAAAUCAACCAUCUUUUGGGGGGGGGGGGGAGAGGCUUUCGAAAUUGCUUGCUCGCUAGCUUGGGAAGAGCUGUGAGCAUUCAUGUCUGUUCUAUUCAGUGCAUGUAGAAAGUAACAACUACAUUAUGCUGUAGUACAGUGGAUCACAUUUAUUUGACCAUGGUGUCUCUCAGACCACCCAGUCUGUUCCUGGAGGUUCUCAUGAACCUGUUCUCCGGUUCCAUGGCUUUUAAAGGGGAAAAGCUGUGUUCAAAACCUGCAUGUACUAUGGGUGUCCUUGCGUGAAUGCAAAGAGAUGAGGGAUAUAAAAAGAAAGAGAUAAAGAAAUGAGGCUAGAGCAGAGAGCAGCACUUCCCAAACACUGUACUAUGAGAGAACGGUGGGAGUGCAGUGAGGAAAAAACAAAUUAGAGGUUUCUUUUGAGACCCAUGUACCUAUCCACAAAGGGGACUACUUGCUGCAUCUCUAUAUGACUCAUUGUUCUGUCCCAGAACAGAGACACUUGCAGAUAGGUUCCACUCGGCAUAGAUAAGUUUACAUUCUCCAAAUGCAGGCAAGUAUUGCCUGUCAGAAAUACAAAGACCAUUGACCUGGGGUGUCUGCAGUAUGUUUUUAAUGGCUAGGCUAAAGAAAAAUGCACAAAUUCUGUGCAAGGGAUAAAGUGCAAAUGUCAAAGUGCAAAUAGAUAAAUAGGUACCGCUCCGGCGGGAAGGUAAACGGCGUUUCCAUGCGCUGCUCUGGUUCGCCAGAAGCGGCUUAGUCAUGCUGGCCACAUGACCCGGAAGCUGUACGCCGGCUCCCUCGGCCAAUGAAGCGAGAUGAGCGCCGCACCCCAGAGUUGGCCACGACUGGACCUAAUGGUCAGGGGUCCCUUUACCUUUAUAUAUACCAGAAAUAUGGUCGUGAUGGAGAGGGAUCUGUGUGGUAUUUCUUGCUUUCAUCACUGUCAAACAGGAAAGCUGGCAAUGACAUUGCACUUCCCCUAAGCAGCUAGACAUACCUUGCUGCCAUUAUUAACAUUAUUAACUCAUGACUAUAUCAACCAAGAUUGCAAGGAAACAGUAAGUGUGGUGCUAACACUGACAAAAAACAUUGGACUGUGUGCAAUUUAAUCCUUUCAAGUUCAGGAAGAAGCAGAUAGGAGAAAGUUAAGAGCUUUUUCUGUAUGAAGUAAGGAAAGGAGAAAAACAUCCUGUAUCUGGGAUUAAAAUAUUGGUUUCCUGUUCAGGUACAUGACUGAUGGUAUGUUACUACGUGAAGCUAUGAAUGACCCUUUGCUGGAACGUUAUGGAGUCAUAAUUCUUGACGAAGCCCAUGAAAGAACACUGGCUACCGAUAUUUUGAUGGGAGUUCUAAAAGAGGUUGUAAGGCAAAGAUCUGAUUUAAAGGUCAGUAGUAUAUAUCAAAUGUAGAAUGUUGGAAAACGCGUUUGUAGAAGAUGUUCUCACUACUGGAUUGCUUUUCACAUGGUUAAAUAAGGGUUGCAUUUUGUAUGUGUGCUUGAAAUUUGUUCAUAGUGGGAACUUUUGUAAUUCAUGGAAAACCUUAGGUUAUAAGUAAUAUUUUAGCAACUUUGUUCACCCCUUUCUUCCCCAAUGUUUGCUUUAUUAAACACACAGUACUAUCCUGUGUGUAUUUAUUCAAAAGCAAGUCUCAAUGAAUUCCCAAGUGAGUGUACAUAGGAUAGUAACUUAAGCAAAUGCGAAUGUGACGGUGUGAUCAUGUUGGUUUUGAUAUUCACGUUGCAUUUUAGUGUACCUAAGAAUUGGUAUGUGGGAGCCACCUUCCAAAUAACACCUUUCCCCUUUAAUAUUGCAGGUUAUAGUUAUGAGUGCAACUCUUGAUGCUGGCAAGUUUCAGAUUUAUUUUGACAACUGCCCUCUCCUCACUAUUCCUGGCCGUACGCAUCCUGUGGAGAUCUUUUAUACCCCAGAACCGGAAAGGGAUUACCUUGAGGCAGCUAUUCGUACAGUAAUCCAGAUUCAUAUGUGUGAAGAGGAGGAAGGAGAUCUUCUACUUUUUCUUACUGGGCAAGAGGUAUUUUUGAGAUUUUUCAACAGUGGCAGAGUUUCAUAAGAAAAGCUCUGUGUGGAUUACAGUUGAAAUACACUAAACGGACAAACAGUAGUUAAAAUGUAGACUGAGAAAAAUAGUACUUGCAUCUCAAGGAGAAUGUGCUUCCUCUUUAUUAAUUUUUGCAUAACCUCAUAGCUGGCAUCUGCUCAGGACUUUAUACUCAAGAGGGUUUUUAAAAAUUAUUUAAAAGGUUUCAUUUCAAAACGUUGCAUUUACUGGAAUCAAAGUCAUAAGAGGCUAUCUGUGAAUAUACUUCACAAAUGUAACACCUUAGAUUUCAUUGUUACAUUCAGAAGGUUUCCCCCUUGCAGAAUGGCUGUUUCACUAGUGGGAUGAAAUUUGUGCAUGUUACCCCAAAUAAAUUUAUAACCAAUCUAAACAAAAGAUUGCUUUUAAAAGGCAAGAUUGGAAAAGAGAUUUCUAUUUCUGUAAAAGUUUCUAAUUUGCUGAUUCCCCUCUUUAAACCUUUCUAGAUGUGUAGUGUUAUUAUUUAAGGUGAUGUGCAGGCCACUUUUCAAAGGUUCUAAAUGUGUAAACUGCGUGUAGCAUAUCUGUUCAAUUCUGUCUUCUUGCAGUAAACUCACAGCGUUUUCCACUUCUAAACUACCUCAUCUAGGUCCUGUAAGCAAAUCCCUUAUUCAUGUGGGGUUUCAGUUAUUGUAUCCUCUUUGUACUCUAAAAACAGAUACAGAGAACAUAUAGACAAAGCAAAUGUUGUGCUCUGAAUAUGGUGUCUUCCCCAAAGUCCUGAUCUGACCGCGAAAUCAGCAGCACAGCUGUGAAAUAAUGCUAUUGCAUGUACUUAAUUUGGAGGAAGUCAAAGACAAUUUGAAAACAGUUUAAAAUGGUUUUCUUCACUGUUCUGCAAGAGAGAUUCCCACAUAUUUUCUCUUUCACAACAUCCUCUCAGUCCAGUAUUUGGCCCAGAUCAUCCCACUAGGUUGCAGAUGGGAUCAGGAGGAAUCCAUCCUGUAUCAUUAAAUGACCCAUAAUGAAAUUCCUUUUUCUUUCUGUUCCAACGAGUUCCAACUUAAUACUUGAGUAAUCCAAGUUGCUACUUUCUCUGCAACAAGAUAGGAGGAUGCAAUUGAAGUGGGAAAACCUGAACGUUUUCUGCUUGACAUAAUAUCUGCAAUCCCUAUCCACAGUCUUGGAAUAUUGAGGCGGGACGUGGAGUGCUUUACGGUGGCAGUUUCUGUGGCUCACUGUGUGAUUGCAGAUAGUAGUGAAUGUGCUGAGGUAUCCCUCCCCUACGGCUUUCAUUAACUUAAGUCUCUUGCUGCUUGCUGGCACAUCUGAGUUGGGAGCAGUCACCAGUGUCCUUAGUCAUUUGAUUCAGCAGUAUGGUUUCCCCCAGUUAAAGAAGCUGUGCUCCUGACUGGCUGGACACAUGAAACAGCAAUUCAAUUGCUCUCUCCGUGUGAGGUGAGCUGUAUGCUUCUUCGUACAUUCUUUCCGUGUGAAAGAAGCUAAAGGGAUAAAGAGCCUGGUGUGUGGAACUCCCAUUUCUCUAACGUUCCAGCAAUGUGAUUGCAGAACCCGUUGCAAAAGCGAACCCUGGCUCUGGUGCACGGGGACAAGGUGUAAAAGAAGAUGUUGUUGUUGGGACUUGCAUUCAGCACAGUAUUAGUAUUUCCCUCCCUGACAUGCCACCUUCUGCAGUUGUAGGUGCUGAAGAAGUUCUUGAUCGGUUGUAGCCAUUUCUUUUUGAUUAGGGGGCUGUGCUCACCUUCAUAUAAAAUGUCAGAAGGAAUGUACAGAUCCCUAGAUCUUGUAGUCUGUUGCAGCUAUUUCAGACUUAGCUGUGCUAGAGAUACGCAGUAUAAAAAGCCGCACUAGCCUUUAAUGUCCUGCAGGUACUGGAAGAUCUGGAGCAGGUUUGGCUAGGGCCCUGAUUUGGAGCAAUAUCUGUAAACCACAUUUCUUCCUCCUGGAUCAAAUGGAACAGAUUCACCUUAGCACAGUCAGCUGUGUGACAGUAAAAAUAAAUUUCAAUAUAACAGGUUGUGCUUUGCCGGUCAUACUUCACGGCACAACCUGGAGGUGCAAGAAAAUAGCUUUAUUUUGUGUAUUCUGCUGAUUUUUGAAUUAAUAGACAGGAUUGCUCUAAUGUGCUGCUGAUAAAAACGUAUGCCCAUGAGACAUGUUGGCUUUGCUGCUUCAAACUUUGGAUGUGCAGUUGCUUCAUUUGUCAAACAUUGUAAGCAUGUAUGUCAGAAGAGACUUUCAGAAAGACAGUUUGAAAUUUGUAACAUUUUUCUAAAUUGUAUGUGACUAGCAGCAAGACAAGAAACAUCCUGCACAAACAACUACAGUAAAGACAAAGUAGGACCUGAGGAAUAAAUCUUUUUGUAAAAACAUGUGUAGAAAGUGAAUUGACCGUUCAGCUUAUGCACUGCUCUUUGAUGUAAACCGCAAGAGAGAUGGAUAUACUGCGAAGAUUUCUUCCGUUGCUUUAAAUUGCCUAGCAAAUGACUUGCUUUCCAUACUGCACCCUUGUGUACUCAUUACAACUAGACACAUAAGCAAGCCAUUUCAGUUGUCCAAAUGUUCAGUUGCAUCUUCCCAUUUUUAACUUUCCAAGGAAGCACCUGUACUAACACAGUAGCUAGCCCUAAGUACGUUUAGGACUAACACUAAUGUGUUCUGACAGUUAACUAAUGUAUUCUGCUGCAGCUGAAGACAAAAGGCAUUUAUUUGAUGGCAGAUUGAAGUAUCUAUAGAAACCCUAACUAUAUUUCCAUCCUUGGUGGAGUUGAAACCCAAGGAAUUGCGUAUACACUACAUAAUAAUUAAUUCUCCAUUGAUUUUAUGAUCGAUUUAGAGGUUAGGAGAGGCUAAUUACUGUUAUAAAAAGUAACCUUUAGUCCAGAUAGUCUUAAUCUUUUUAUUAUAUUCUGAACCAUUUUCCUAUAUAGAUAUUCUUUUAUGUUGUGACUGUCAUGUGGGAAGACAGCAGGGGAAAAAAUCUGAAUUAAAAUUUGGCUGCUUCUGCACUGUGGUAUAGCUGGUAUUAUGUACUUCAGCCAAAAGACAGAGCUCACAGUAUGAAGAGAGGAAAGGCAUUGUUAGAGAUCGUGUAGCAGUCAAAUUACUACUAGUCCAUUGAUUCUUAAACUGCAACAGCCGCAUGGUAGGUUGUUUGAAAGACCUUUGUGGCGGCCAUUACAUGAGACAGUUGCUCACAGUGUCAAUUGCUCUGAUGGUGCCUUUUCAAAGGCUUUACAAAAAGAACUGCUUUUCAGCAUGUUCUUUCAGGUGGUUGGUAAGACAAGAGCAUUAGACUGCUUGUGGUCACUUGGGCUGCAGUUUAGGAAACACUGCUCUAGUUGUAUUCUGUUACCUGUUAGGGGGCUUCUGCGGCAACACUUUCCACCUGGCUAUACAUAUAUUCAAAUGUAUGCACAGUGUGUCAGCUGUGAAAGGCUAUUAUGUGUAUAUUUGCAGCUUUUUGCCUUUUACAUGUUUGGAAUUGGGAGCACUGUCACUGUUUCCAUGCCUAUACUCAAGUGUAUACCCAAGUACAGAACGUUGCAUUAGAAGCUAUUCUUGAUUAGCCAAAUCCCGUGGGCAAAAUGAAUCUGGACAAAAAUUUUAAUGGUAUUUCGAAGGACUUCCAAAGAUCUCCUUGUGAGAAACGCCUUAGCUUUUUGUAAAAAGUCUCAUAUCCUACUGUGGCUUGUUGUUAUUGCUUUGGGUUCUUAUCAUUUCCUGUCUUCCCAUCCAAUAUAGUUGAUAAUAUCGACUUCCGAUGUCGGAAGCUUUGAGCUACUAUAGACCGGUGCUGCAUAUGUAAAUGGGUAUUUUAUUUAAAUGUCAGAUACAAACCAGCAUGUUCACAUGUUGAUGUGUAAUAAUGUGAAUUACUUCAAGGCUGGGACUUCCUCAGCCUUGUUCUCCAUAGUUGAGGUGUCCUGGAAUUGGAAACUUUGUGGUUGCUGGUCAACAGAGUAGAAGUACAGACGCUCCUCAAAGUGUCACACAGGAAGAAAAGGCUGCUGAGCAAAAUACUUUCCUUCCAUUCUCCUUGGGGAGCCAACACUUCAGCUCAUUGGUGUGCCCAGAAGAAACAAAUAUCUUAAGAGUCUGUCACUGUUGCUUAGCAACCUUUCUUGGAAGUGCAGAGAGUCCUAUGUCGUAGCUUUGGUGGCCCUGUUUUCCACUCUGAGCUGUGGAAGAAAGAUGCUUGUUCAUAGUAGCACUUGCUAUUCCAAUAGUGCCUUUGCUCUUUUCUGUAGCAGCAAUGGCAGGACCCAACCCUGUCAGUAAUUGAGGGGGCUUGCUGUGACCUCUUAUUUCCUAGCAGAUUCAAAAAAGCAAACUAUAAAAUCUUCCUCUGAUUCUAGCACAUAUUAGGAGAACUGAACUUACUAUAAGAUCAUCUGGUUAUUAACCAUGAAAUUACCUCCCUGCCCAUUUUGAAUUCAUAUUUUGUGUUCUUCUAAUCUGACAUCUAUAGGUUUUACAAACCUACUACGGUGAUUUCCACAUUCUAAAAUGGAAAGUUCAAAUUCUUCUGCUUUAAUAUUUUAAGUAUUGAACAUGUCUGUUGAGUGAGCGCUUUUAUAUAAGAGUCUUGGGUUCCACCAAAUAAUCUUAACCACAUUGUUUGAUGCAUUUGAACUAAUGUGGUCACAGUAUGCAUUCACUGUAAUUAGAACACAUAAAAUACCUAUUGUGAAGCAGGGGAUAUUAGAAUGCAUGGCUUAUUGUUUCUGUUCUGUAGCAAAUUACUAUGAGGCUAACAAACUUUGCAUGUUACUGGAUAUAUAUCAUAAGUUUAUUGGGUUUUGGCUUCACCUGUUUUGAAACUAUUUUUUUGACAUAACUAGAAAGUUGUCUGAACUUUUUAAACAUUUCAGCAGCUCAAAAUACCUAAAUCAUAGCUUUACACAGUAACUAUAUUUUUUGUUUCUAGUUUAGUAGACCAGUAGGGGGCAUCCUAACCCAGAGUGAUAGAGGUAUUUCUUUUUACAUUGAAAUCAUUUUUGCAAGAAAGCACUAAGAAACUAAAAAAAGGUUUCUGAUUUCAAAAAGGUAUUCAUGCCAUUCCAGUCCCCCUCUUAAUAUUUUAGACUUUUUUUGUAGCAAGGUCUAUUGACGUAUAAAGUGAUCAGUAGGUGGUGUGAUUCUAGAUUGUUGAAUAGACCACGAAACAAAAGACAACUACAUCUUCAUUGAAGUCUUGAUUGGAAAAUAAGUGGUAGAACCAUAAUUUCUGUAGCAGCUCUCUGUAUAAACUGCAUGGUACAUGCUUCACUAUAUCUUGACUUUUAGUGUUGUUUAAGAGAAACUACUGCUACUCAUUCAUUUUUUUUCAUCCGUUUUAGUAUUAAAUAAUGUGGUAAUAAUGUGACAAUUCAUGUUUUUCUGUACUUCCCACCAUAGGAUAGGUUAAUGGGUGAGACUUCCUCAGAACUUUAGUAAUAUCUUAGCUUGUUGAUAAAUACCUUGAAGUUCAAUAACACUGUAGCCUUCUACAUGGGAAGAUACAAAACAAUUUUUAGUAAGAGUUCUGAGGUCUUUCAUAAACCAUGUUAACUUGGACUGAGAGGAGGCUGCUUCUUGAGCAUCUAUGUUUAUACUGUAAAGGUGUUUGUUCUCAUUAGAUACAAUGAAGCAAAUCUUCCAUAUAAUUGCAUUAGUGAUACGUGACAUUAAAGCUUAAUUGGCUUAUUUAAAAUAUCUUGCACAUCAAUUUCUUUUAGAUUCUGAAAAUUGAAAAGGUCAUGAGUGCAGUUUAAUAUUCCUGGGUGAGAGAUUUCAAUUUUAGUACAAUUUGUAGAGAAUUAAUUAGGAAAUACGACUAAAAGAAAAAGGGUGUUGAAUGCAAAUAAGGCUGUUAUGCUCAUUGGAAUAAAGACUAUGAGGCAUCUUGGACUGCUGUGGAAGUCCCAUUGAAAAUUCAACAAAUGUCCAAAUUAGUUUAAAAAUAACUUGUUUUGUAGCAAGUCGUCUUCUUUUUUUAAAAAGCUUAUAUAGCCAUUAAGCUGGAAAAAAGUUUAAAGUUUUCAUGGACUCUUGUUUGUGUAGGAAAUAGAUGAAGCCUGUAAGAGGAUAAAGCGUGAAAUUGAUGAUCUGGGCCCUGAAGUUGGUGACAUUAAAAUCAUUCCAUUAUAUUCUACACUUCCGCCGCAGCAGCAACAGAGGAUUUUUGAGCCUCCCCCUCCAAAAAAAACAAAUGGUGCAAUAGGACGAAAGGUAAAGUUAUUAACACUAUUAUCCUAUACCCGUUUAGAUGAGAGUUAGUCACAUUGAAAUCAGUGGAACUUAUUUCAGAGUAGACAUGUAUAGAAUUACACUGUAUACAUUUUAUAGCUUGGCAUAUAUUGCCGUAAUCUGGUUACUGUGCAUCGCAAAAGAACUUAGCUUUGAGCUUCACAUGCUAAAACAUCUAAUAUUUGGGAAAUGUGGUCCAGUUUCCUUUCUCAUCUCUCACCCUUUGUGUCUUUCCAGCUGAUUUUAGGGUGCUGUGAUGUUUAAGUUCAUCAUUUGUGAUUUCCGCAGUGUUCUUUUCUUCCACGUGGCAAUCAGAGCGUUUAGCUUUGUCCUGUAAACAGGAGUGAAUCAUGUUGUUUAAUUUUAAAAAUAAGGAAAUCAGUGAAUUUUAUUUGUAAUCAUUAAUGCAUUAACUUUAAAUGCAUGAUUUGAAAGAUUUCAGUGAAACAGAAUUUUAGAAAUAGCUUCAGUAGAGGGGUGGGAAAAGGAGAAGCUUAGGGAGUUGCCAUUGAUAAUGGGAAUAUGCAGUUUGAGAAUUGGAUUGUUGUGUUAUUUCUCAAACUGAUGUUUCAAGGCACGUUGCGGGGCCAAAGCAGCCUUGGGUGUGAUUUGGCAGACUUAUAGUUGUGAGUGUUAUAAUGAGGUUUUAAGUUCAAAGUAGCCAGAAGCCAGAAACCCAACAUUUUUAAAAAAUGAGUAAUCACGUGGUAUGGUGAUCUAAUACGGGUUUCUUCAACCUUUUCCGUUCUGGGACUCGCUUUUAACCCAAACAUGCGUUGGGGGACCCAGUUCUUAAUUGUUGACCAUAUAUUUGCAUGGUGGUAGUGCUCCUGUUGUGACCCACCUUGGAUCAGGGUGUGACCCACCUUGGAUCAGGGUGUGACCCACAAGUGGGUCCAGCUGCACCAUUUGAAGACCUGUUAUCUAGAAUAAAGAGAUGAGAUGUUCUUAUCUCUGAGCUGCAUUCUUUCAAGGCUCUGCUUUGUCCUCCCAGCUUCAGCUGUUAGAAAGAGUGUGGGGCUUGGGAUAACAACUGACAGAGUGGUCACAACAAUAAUUCUGCUCAUGUUAGCAUGCCCUAGAUUGUUGUUCAGCAGUGGGUUGAAGGGAACGUCUCCCUGAAAGUAAGGUAUGCUUGCUUGUGUUUGGAGACCUCACCCACGUUGAAUGAUGCAGCUGGGUUACAUAAUGUGGCGAUGCUUAUAUUGCAGGUGGCAACAGAAUAACAGUGAAAGCUAUUCUCGUUUGCAAGCAGAAACCCUUGUAGCAUGGCCUAUUUGCAUUGGCUUUCCCAUUCAGACUACCAGGCCAUUCUGGGGAAGCCACACACACUCUAUAACUGAUGUAAUACAUGACAUCAGAGAUGUAGCAAUGGCAGAGGAAGGGGGAGGAAAGGAGGAUGAUUCAGGCAAGAGCGGAAGAGGGGAGGUUGAAGCUGAGAAUAACCUCUCCCCACCCUAGAGCUCUACUAAGGUACACACUCCCAGCUCCUUUUUGCAGGGCUUGUUUAAACCUCUGAGGUUUGAAGGAGGUUACAAUGAACAGUGUGGGUGGAAAGUCCUUUGCAGAGCUGAUUACAAUGGGCUUUCAAGCAGCCCGUGUUUGAAAUCCCGACAAAAAGGCUUCAAAGUGCGGCAGCGCCUGACAUCACUACGUUUUUGCCCUAUUUGUAUCAUUCACAGAAGAGUUUUCUAUUCUAUCGUUCAACAGGUAGUUGUGUCAACUAAUAUUGCUGAGACAUCAUUGACAAUAGAUGGUGUUGUGUUUGUCAUUGAUCCUGGAUUUGCCAAGCAAAAGGUAAACAUGGAUUCUUUCAUACGUGCUAGAUUAUUUCCCCAGAACUUAAGAUGGAAUUACUUAGAAUUGACCUGUCUUUGGUCUUCUUUUCUACUUUUUAUGGUUAACGGGGUUAAAUGUGUGGAUCCGUAAGUGGAAGAAAAAGUAGGUAGAAGUGCUGUGCGACAAGUAGGCCAGUGCUAUAAGAGUUCAUGUUGUAGCACUCCUCAGUUUCUGGAAGAAUAUUUCUGAUAGCACAUGGUGCAGAUAACGCCAGGAUUGCAGGUUUGAGUCCUGUAUGAGAUAGUUGCAUAUUCUUGUGUUACGGGGGGGGUUAGACUAGAUGAUUCGCAGGGUCCCUUCCAGCUCUAAGAUUCUCUGAGUCAAUGAGGAUUGAGUUACACUCAGUUACAAAACUCCAGUGCAGCAUGUGAAAAGCCAUUCUCGCUUGCUUUUAAAACCAGUUGUGACACCAACCUGCUUAGUAGAUUAUACUUCGAAAGUGAACAAAAUAGUAGAUAUGGCUUAGUUUUGUUCCUUGUUUAACAAGCCACCUAUUGGAAUGGAUUUCUUCUUACAUAUUUCAUAUUUGAACUUCGAAGUGUGCAGUACUCAUACCAGUUUUCUGUACUUAACUCUUCCAUCAAAUAGGUAUACAAUCCUCGUAUAAGAGUCGAGUCUCUCUUGGUGACUGCAAUAAGUAAAGCUUCUGCUCAGCAAAGAGCUGGUCGUGCUGGUCGUACUAGGCCAGGCAAGUGCUUCCGACUGUAUACGGAGAAGGCUUACAAAACCGAGAUGCAGGUGCGUAAAUUCCUUUUUUAAAGAUCUACCGUAUUUUUUGCUCCAUAAGACACAUCUAGUUUUUAGAAGAGGAAAACAAGAAAAAAAACAUUCUGAACGAAACAGUGGAUGUAUGAUUUUUGUGGUUCAUGCUGUGGCCACAGACAUGUGAUUUGACGGUGAGUUUCGGGUAGCCCAAUGCAAAAAUCCUGAGAAUCCAUGUGGAUCCGUUUUUGCGCCAUUGCAGCCCCACACAACAGUGGGUGGGUGAUUUUUUUGGUGCAGGCUGUAGCCAUGGACAUGCUAUGUGAUCUGAUGGUGAAUUUGGGGUGACCCAAUGUAAAAAUCCAUGGGCUUUUACCUCCCCCCUCCCAGGCAGCUUCCUUUAUCUCCCUUAUCUCGCUUGCGAUCAGCGGCUUUGUUUCAACACCCACUUCCCUCUUUCAAAAGAAAGAGCAUGAUCUGCUUUUCGCCCCUGGGCAAUUCAGCUCCAGGGACCAAACAUUCGCCCCAUAAGACAUUUCCCCUUACUUUUUAGGAAGAAAAAAGUGUGUCUUAUGGAGCAAAAAUUACAGUAUUUUAGAAGCCAAUUAUUACACUAGAGUUUAAUACAGGAUGUCCAGCAUUUUUUUAAAAAAAUAAUUCAUCAUCAAAAGACGUAAUAAUAGUCUCCCUUUGGAGCUGCGAACUAUGUGUCAUGCUAGACGACUUGACUGUCAGCCUUGUUAGAUUAUUUUGGUUGUGGAAGGUUGUGAUAUUCCUCUUCUGAUACUACUUCUGCUUCUCGGAUUGAAGAUGUUCAACAUUUUCAUUUGCCUUGAUCUCAAGUACAGCGCAAUUCUGAGUGAGUCUCAGGUGGGGUGCAAGGAAGCAAGUCAUCUGCUACUGCCAAAGUACUGCUAGUUUGUGCCAGUUGAGGCAGGAGGUUCAGGGAAGGAUCCUGACUUGCCUCCCGCCUCCUCCCAUAGGGAUACUUUUUGUGUGUGCAAUUCUCUCCCUUGGUUUUCAGUAUGAGAAAGCUGCAGGCUGGUACGAAUGAGGGGCUUGAUCCUGGAGCCUCCCCGAUGAACCAGUCCCUGCCCUUCCCCUAGAAUACCCAAUUCUGGUUUGAGGUAUUUUGAGUUAAAUUGCUGGCUGCUUCCAAUGGGAACAUCACUGGUGGUAGUUUUAUGCCCAUGGAACUUUACCAUUGAAUACUUAACAAUUGCAUACACACAUACACAGAUCUUCGCAUAAACAAUUGUGGCCGUUGUUGUCAAGCAAGGUAGAAGUGCCUCUUUAUGGAUUUUGUAAAUAGGAAUAUUAAUAAAGUAUAAAAGGGUCUUUAUUCCUGAUUGCCCUGUAGUAGACCAGGAUUUCUUAGCAAAAGAACAAGCCAGCAUAAAUUGAAAUAAAGUUCCCAUUUCUUUUCUUUACAUUUCUAGUAUAGAAUAACUUAAGUUCACAUAAUUUUGCAUAAUUUUUGAGAUGUGCUAUGUAGUUUUGUCAUCAUUUUACUUCCAGAUACUUUUCUAAACAUUAAUUUUUUAAAAAUGACCUAGGUCUUGUUUCCAUUUCAUUGUAAAGUUUAACUUGCUCUGUUUUAUGUUGCCCUUCAUCUGAGAAUUACAGGGUAGUUUACAAUUUAAAAACACAAAAAUGCAUAAUUUAGUAACAAACAACAACAAUGAUCUCUCUCUCCCCCCCCCAGUCUAAGUCCUGUUGAAUAAAUGAACAUAAGUAUAUUAAUGGACAGAGAACUAUAGUUUAAUUGUGUCUUGGGCCAUUGGGACAGGUAUAACAGUACCACAUUUACAACCCCAGGUAUGGCCCACUGAGGCUGUAGUCUUCUGUUCCAGCUGUGGAUGCAGUCUUCAUGCUUUUGGAUAAUGGGAAAAAUUACAGAUACGAUACUAAAGUGAAACCAAAAUUAAUAAAAUAUUUGUUUUCCAGGACAACACCUAUCCUGAAAUUCUAAGGUCCAACUUGGGUUCUGUGGUAUUACAGCUGAAGAAACUAGGCAUAGAUGAUUUGGUUCAUUUUGAUUUUAUGGACCCACCAGGUAUGUUUUUUGUAAAAACUUCAACAUGCAGUAAUAUAAUAAGCAAUAUCUAGAUCAUUGUUUUGUCGGGAACUUUGCCGUAGCCUGAAAUAAAUUUGUUCCCUGAAGAGAAUAUACCAUAUUAUCAGCCUAAACAGAAAGAUGAGAAAGGAGUCCAGUAGUCACUAAUCAGUAUUCUUAUGUCAUGCUUAAAAAAUGAAAGCCGCGAUGCCUUUGCUAGCUUCCUGCUGAACUUGUGAAUGUAUGGCACAUAAAAUGCAAGACAGGUGUUAUGAUGAUGAACAGCAGACUAUCUAGCACAGGGGUCAGCAGACUUUUUAAGCAGGGGGCCGGUCCCCCGUCCCUCAGAUCAUGUGGUGGGAGCCGGACUAUAUUUUGGAAAGAAGAAGAAAAAAGAAUGAAUUCCUAUGCCCCACAAAUAACCCAGAGAUGCAUUUUAAAUAAAAGGACACAUUCUACUCAUGUAAAAAUCACGCUGAUUCCUGGACCGUCCGCGAGCCGGAUUUAGAAGGUGAUUGGGCUGGAUCCGGCCCCCGGGCCUUAGUUUGCCGACCCAUGAUCUAGCAUGAGGCAACGGUCACCAUAAUUUGUUUGGGCCACAACUUGUUUUGGAAUGUGGUGUUGAUCCUGUGUUACAAGGUAUUGUAACAAUUUGGCUUUUAAAGUGUUUAGGGAAGGGCCACAUCUCAGUAGUAGAAGAUCUACUUUCCUGCAUAAGGCAUUAGGUUCAAUCCCUGGGUAUCUCCAGGUAUGGUUGGAAAGGUCUCCAGUCUGAAAUCGUGGAGAGCCACUCCACUGCCAGUCAUUGCAUACAUUCUUGAGCUAGAUGGAUUAAUGGUCCAACUCAGUAAAAGGCAACCUCCUGUGUUCCUGCUGAGUAGUUUUAUGUUCUGGUGUAUCCCUCCUCAUGUGAGUAAUGACUGAAGAAGGCUUGCAAAAAAAUUUUUUAUCAAAAGAAAAAACUUGCCAUAGGUUUUGGCAAGUAUUUUAUGCCAAAUACAGUUUCGUCAAUAUCCCGACUUACAGAUGUAUGAAAUGGCUAGAAGAGAGUCUGCAGAACAGCAUACCUAUAGUCGGUCCCGAAAUGGCUAAUCCGAAAACAGAUGUGAUUCUUGUUGAACACAACCCUAAAGCAAAUUUGAGUUUUAUUUGAUUCCUUGGUGGCUAGAUCUCGGUAACUUAAUUUUCUGGUAGAUUGUAUUCUGGAUUUUGUCAGCUACAGAAUGGAAAAUGAGAUUGCUUAUAAAAGUGUACUUACAUUUUUGCUUCCUAAAGGCAGAUUAAUUUAUAAGAGUAUGUUGGUUUUUUUGCAGCUCCAGAGACCUUGAUGAGAGCACUUGAGCUUUUGAAUUACCUAGCUGCUUUAAAUGACGAUGGAGACUUGACUGAACUGGGAUCCAUGAUGGCAGAAUUUCCUCUCGAUCCACAGCUGGCUAAAAUGGUUAUAGCAAGUUGCGACUACAACUGUUCUAAUGAGAUUCUAUCUAUUACUGCCAUGCUGUCAGGUAAUAGCAGGGACAGAGAUGCCAAUCAAAACACAGAUCUCCAGUUAGGGGAAGCUUGUAUUAUUGUUCCUGCAACAGGACUUAUAACUUCUAAAAAGUCUGAACUGUGCCUUUCAAAGUUAUUGUAUAGUGUGAUACAUAAUGGAGUAAAGUUUAUAAAUGAAAUCAACACUGAAGCUAAAGAAGUCAUUGUGUGUGAAAUGGUCUAACUUCUCUCAUGGCAGCAAAAAAAUUAUACCUACUAAGGAUUCCAGAUCAUAGGAGUUCAUUUCUGUCUCUUAAAUUUUUAACUUAUGCCCAUUUUUUUUGUUACCAAGUGAUUGAUAGUCAUAAUAAUCCACUUUAUUUUCAGCCCUUUAACUUGUGGUCGCCACUUACAUAGCUAGUAUGUACCAGUUUUUCUGUAGAAGAAUCCUAGCAUAAACGUCUCAGGUUUUCAUUGAUAAAAGGGAAUGCUAGGCGGAGAAAACAUUUUCUUAGCAUUAAUGCGUCACAGUUUUUUAAAGUGUGGCCGAUGCAGAAAUUAUUGUGUGGACUUGUCUGAGCAGCAGUCUUUUGUUACAGUGGACAAGUUUUCAUUAGGGCUGGAAUCCAAAGAGCUGCCUGGAUGGAUCCGAGGACUUGGGCCUGCUUAGUGGGAUUUUUAAAACUUUGAGAAGCAUCCCCAGCCAUAUCGCAUGCUGCUUUUGAAAGUUGACUUCAGUUUCAAAAGUGGUUUGCACAGGGAUGCUGCUGUUUGAGAAGCUCAAGCCCGGAGCCCUGUUUGACAUGUGGAACUAGUAUUUUCUUUGGGUACCAGCCUAAACCUUUAAAAAUAACCUGCUCAGAAUCUGUGCAGGUAAGGCAAGAAAUACAUAUUUUGUACGUGCUGAAACCUUUCCCAUAGUAACUUCUCAUCGUAUUGUACAUUCAACAAGAUGUCAACAAGAUGGCAAGUAAGAUAAAGGUUUUGAGUAAGACAACCCAUCACUUUAUUAUUGCAGCGUAUUAACAAUAUUUUUCAAAAAGCAAGCUACAAUGUUUAUUGCAGAAUUUUGACAGUUCAGACUCAGAGCAGCUGGGCAGGGCAGAAUCUAAUUGUUUCAUGUAAAUUGUUGUUUUAUCUGCGGAGGUGGUGGUAGGUGGAUGCCUACCUUUUUAUGCCAUGAAUUUCCAUCAAACCAAGCAAAGACUUGAUGCAAGCUCUUGCUUCCAACUGCAUAGUAUUAAUUUCUUUAACUGCAUAUGUCAAUAUUUUGAGGGAAGACAUUUUACUUUAACCUUGCCCUCUACAAAUAUUUAACAAAAUAUUCAUACCUUCAUGCUUUUAAAAUUAAGAAUGGAUGCACUCAUUAUUUGUUACAGCAUUUUAUUACUAGCACACAAUCUUAAAAAAAAAUCUUAUUCUAAGGGAUAGCUAUUUUCUUGGAUGCAGUUAAGGUGCAGUGAUUUCUAAAAUCAUGUUGCUUUCUAAAGUGUCGCCAACAGAAUCAAUAAACAUAAUUACAGUGAGCAAAAUGUGAAGGGAGACCCUGGGUUUAGAGUACAGGACUAUACCAGUCUACUCAGAAGUAAGUCACCCUGAGUUCCAGGUGUGUGGGUAUAGAUGUGUGCAAACAAUUAAAUGGACACAAGUGUUAGAUAAAAUGAAAUAGGAAAUAGUAAAGCUUACCAAAGCUACCCAAACUGAAGUAAUUUUGAUUCUUUAAACUAAAGCCAUCAUAAGAUGCCUUUAAGCAGAUGACAAAAAGUACAGCUUUUCAUUCUACAACUUACAGUAAGAAUACAACUAAUUUUUAUUUGUAAAUACUAGUUAUUACAUCAGUGAAUUAACGGCUUUUUGCCAUAAUGCUUUUUAUUAGCCUUAGAGCCAAAUAAUUCAAAUAAUUUUCUGUCUUUGGAAUACUCUAUUUUGUAGAAUAGACUUUGGUUCAUAGUUUUUUUUAAAUUACGCACUGUAAACAGUGUGGCUCUUGCAGUCCUUCGGUUGGCAUAUUGCAGUUGUGCAGAAUAUUCAAUUUCCGUAUUGUUAUCAAUCUUUUCCCAGUGUGUCUGCGCAGUUAGGAGGAUGAUAGACCAAUUUAAAAGUUGUGUGUAUUACUUAUUUUAAAAAAUCGUGAUAGGAGUCUUUACAAGCUUUGGUUGUGACCGAAGCAAAAAUACCAUGAAGUAUAAAUGCCAGGUAGACAUUCAUUCUUGUUCUUUCAUCAUCCAUUAUGUUUGGUUUUAGUUAAACACAUGUGUAGGUUUUAAGUGGAAUAUUUGCACAAAAUUUUCUAGGGGAAAGACUUAGAAGCAUGUAUGAAAGACAUACACACAAUUUCUAUAAGUCAGAGAAGCUUGUGCUAGCAUCAAAUGAGCUGCUUUAAAUAGUAAAAUCACCACUUGUGGUUAUUAAUUACCCUUCAUUUUGACAUUUUAAAUUAAAUCAGAAAAAAAUGCAUUGUUUAAAGAGUUCAAUGUGUAAAGAGCACUAGUAGAGUCACAGUGCACUAAAUUCAGAUUUGCUUGUUAAGGUCUGAAAAAGCUGCUGAGCAGUCUACCUUCCACCACUGCCGCAAACUUCAGAGCCCUGGACUGCUAUACAUGCGUAUACACGUUUAUAUCUAAAUAUGCUUAUUCACAUAUGUUUCUGUCUGCCAGUGCUGAUAGCAAUGCCUGCUGUUGGUGACAGAGGCAUAAUACAUCUUAAUAUUCUCUUAUGAGUAGAUUAGGUGUCGGCAUAACGUUUUACAAGGGUUGCUGUGUAUCUUGGUCAUUGGCCAUAGGCUACUUAUUUAAACAUUCAUUGGGUUGGAUCCAGAGUUCCCAUGGGACAUUCCUGCUAGAAGGGUGGGAAGCAGUUUUCUCCUAUUUUUCCUUCUCCCUGCAGUCCUCUGUGACCCCAGAAAAAGGGUGGAGGUCCCUGGAAUAUGUGGGAACUGAAGGAGGUUGCAGAGAGAAGGGAGAAUCAGUGAAAACCCUAUCCCCCUUCCUCCAUCUGGUAUCAGUCCCUUCCACAAGUAGAAGCAUCUCUUCCAUUUGAGGGAGGGACACUGGAUCUAAUUCACUGUCUCCACCGCAAGGCAGAGCUAUCAGCACUUGGUUUUGUACCGGGGUCACAUGAUCUUUCCAUUACAUAACUGGAGCUUUGAUGGCCUUCAGGAUUUUUUUUUUUGAUGCCUACUUCUAGUCAAAAUAAUCAGGCAUUCUGUAGCUUUGAAACCCUCUUGUCUUGCAGAUGUGGUUAGGUGUUGAUGUACCAAAUCAAGGUAGUAGACAGUCCAAGAUGCAGUUGGAGGCCAUCCUGCCCUGCCCUAUGCUCUGUGAACUGACCUAGCUAGGCCUUGUUCCUCUAUCUGUGAAUGCGUGACUCAUCGAUAUGGGCGUUUGUGUUGGGCCCAUACCAACCUUGUUUAGUCCCACAGUGUUUUGUGCGCCCCACGGAAGCCAAGAAAGCGGCGGAUGAGGCCAAGAUGAGGUUCGCCCACAUAGAUGGAGAUCAUUUGACGUUGCUGAAUGUCUACCAUGCUUUCAAACAAAGUAAGUAGACACUGGCGGGGCUGCUUGUGUUAUUUGCUGAUAUAUAGUGUUGACAAUCUGAUAGGUCUGUAUUCACUCUUGCUGUAGAUCUUCCUCUACUGCAAUGUUACACAGCGUUGUGGGUUAAACCACAGAGCCUAGGACUUGCCGAUCAGAAGUUUGGCGGUUUGAAUCCCCGCGACAGGGUGAGCUCCCGUUGCUCAGUCCCUGCUUCUGCCAACCUAGCAGUUCGAAAGCACGUCAAAGUGCAAGUAGAUAAAUAGGUACCGCUCUGGCGGGAAGGUAAACGGUGUUUCCGUGCGCUGCUCUGGUUCACCAGAAGCAGCUUAGUCAUGCUGGCCACAUGACCCGGAAGCUGUAUGCCAGCUCCCUUGGCCAAUAAAGCGAGAUGAGCGCCGCAACCCCAGAGUCGGUCACGACUGGACCUAAUGGUCAGGGGUCCAUUUACCUUUACUUUUACUGCUUAUAAAAGAGAGGGAUUAUCUGUAGGAUGAAAUACUUUCAGCCAGUGUGGCAUAGCAGAUAAUAGACUGUGUACAAAUCAGGAAGGCCCUGAUGAUGAUGAUGGUGAUAGUAGUAGUAGCAGUAGGUUGUUGUUGUUAUUUACAUGCCACCCCAGCUACUCUGGCAGCUUCCAACAAAUUAAAAUACAGUAAGACAUCACACAUUAAAAACUUCCCUCUGUCUCACGGUUUCAGCAUAAGCUUUCCCUCUGCACCAAUUGAAUAACAAAACUUAAAAAUAAGGCAAAACCUUAAAGUAAUUGUAAAAUAUAGUAUGUGUGGUGACCAGGGUCCUUAAUAAUUGCUAAGUAAAAGUCGAAGGGACCUUGGCCCCUAGGAGUUGGCUCCUAGGAGUUUGAGUCAGGCACGCACUCCUUCACUGGCUCUGAGGCCUCUGCUAAACACAUGUGGCUUUUGAAGAUGAACUGGGAUGCCUGGAGUGGUGGUUAUUCUCUAUAAUAAGGCCAAUAUGAUAACUGGGGUUGGGAAAGAAACACUUUGCUCUGGGCUGGACAUUACAACUUUUAGUGUAUUUUGUGUGUGUGGCUUCACCUGCUUCAGAAAUAAUCUAUUUCACACUCUAAAGUUUUCAUGUAUAUUUCACUAUAUUUACUGGGCUGUGUUAUUCAGGCACAGGCAAACUCUGCCCUUCAGAUGUUUUGGGACUACAACUCCCAUCAUCCCUGACCACUGGUCCUGUUAGCUAGGGAUGAUGGGAGUUGUAGUCCCAAAACAUCUGGAGGGCCAAGUUUGCCUAUGCCUGGUGUUAUUGCUGUAAAGAUUACUAAGACAAUGCUUGUGAAGUACAGCAGUCCCCUGGCACUAUAAUUGUGACCCUAUAUCUCAUGAAUUAGCAACCAGUUUAAUACUGUGCCCCCAAUUCCCAUUCCUUCAAGUCUACCCAGAAGGAUAUCAUAGUUGUAAUGAAUACUGCUGAGAGGAUCAGGAAAACCAUUAUGGUCUUGCUUCUCUUAUCUCCUAGUGCAGAUCAUCCAAAUCAAAAGUUAAAAAAAAGAUAAUUUCACAUGCUGCCUAACACAGAUAAAUCCCGUGUUUAACCCUAACUUCACUCUGGAUAAAUUGAUAUUUGUUUUGAAAAUCCAUAUAAAAUUGCUGUAAUAUAGUGUGAGAGGACAUCGCAUCUAGAUAGUAGAAAAUAAUAUUUGGCUGCCAGGGCCUGCCAGAAUUUGAGGACCCCUGGCUAUACUUAAAAGGAAAUAUUUAAUGUAUUUUUCUGCUCAUGACUGAAAUGAAAUUAAAUCUGAGUGUUCUGUUAAUAAGAGACCAAUCAAUCUCCAUUAUUUAGAGAUCCUGGAUGUUAAAUUGGCGAGGAGGACAUAAUGGCUCAAAGUUGGAAUUUUUGUUAGGGACAUUCUGAGAAUUUCUAGGUGGGGAGGGGGAAAAGUGAACUGGAAUUCUAGAUUAAAAUGCAGACUCAAAACGUAUUGUACUCCUGAAUAUGAGGCCAGUCGCAGCUAGCUGAAGUGCCUGAGUUUUGGAAUGCUACAAUUAUUCUGAAUGACACUGAGUAAUGGGUAGAUAGGUGUUCAUUCAGAAGACAGAGUAUUUGUGAUAACUUUGUCACAGGGAUAUUGUUUGCUUCUUGAGUGUUGUCUGUACUAAUGCAUUCAAUCUUCCAAUAACAUCACUCUUUAGUCAAGUCUAUGUAAGAAGUAAGACCAAGAUCACAGUGACAAGAGAAGAUAAACCAAUUCUCUCUUCCAAAGAAUUACUGUGAAUGACACCCUAGCUUUCAAUUCUUAUUUUCUAUCAAUGGCUUUCAUGUCAAAACUGAUCCCUAUCUCUAUGAAAUAGUAAAUUACUCAGCUUCCUGACACAGAAUUUACCUGACACAGAGGUUGCACUUCCUUGCAUAAUCUGUAAAUUAAAAUUUGAAAAUAGUGGCUUGGCAGAUGGGAAAAUAGCUCAAAAUAGAUUCGUUCUUCUCCCAAGUAGUUGAAAUAAGCAAAAGCGAAGAGCUUUUAAUGUUAAAAUGGAAGAUCAGAAGUGUAAUGGAAGGUACCAGUUGGAUUUUACUGUGAUGAUUCUGUGGUAGAAAAUGUGUUCCUUAUGGUUUGAAGUUUUAUAGUUACAGGCUGCCUAUUUAUUUAUUCAUUUGUAUCACAGCUAUAGUUUGAAUAUCACUGUGUGCUCUCUAAAGAACUCAUAGAUGGUCUUCAGAUUUCUUCAGCAGGGCAGAUCUGUUCUAUUUGAUAAUACUAGCACAUUUCCACAUUGAAAGAAUGUGAAUGGCUGGUAAAAUUGCAGCAUUCCUUAGGCUUCAUGGUACUUAGCGCUUGUGUUUACUUAUGUGGGAUCUUCCUCUUUGUGCAUUCAAACCUUGUGUGAUCAGAGUGAGAGGGGGAGAGUUGGCCCUCCUUCUCUGGCAUAUGCCCACCACCAGCUUCAUUCAUUGCCUUCCACGUUUUGGAAAGUGAAAUUCUCCACAUGAAAGAUUAGGGUUCUAAAUUGUGUAGGGAGCCUGAAGGAACGCAGCAGACUGAUCCAACAGGCUCAUCUCGGCUCUCACUGUAAUGCAAUGGUGUGUCCUUGUUUCUAAAAGAAUAACUGGAGAGGGAUAUUCUCCCAUGCAAUUCCACUGGUCAAUCCAACAGGCAAGGUUGUGUGCAUGUAGCCCUCUUUAGAAAGUUGAAAUAGUACUAACUGGGUGUUUGUGUGCAUUUGUGAAUGCAUGUUUUUCUAAGCUUCCUUCAGAAAGGACUAGGAUUGCAUAAUUCCAGCUGCUUCACCUGUGUGCUAAUGGAUCAGAAUAAGUGUUCUUUAGACAUUUUUUUUCUUAGAAAGUAGCAGCUGACAGCCACUCCUUAGCCUGAAGACACCUAGUUUGUUCAUAUAUGGUUUGACAAAAUCUAGAAAUGAGAUAUGUAUAGAACUUGUAAAAAAAUAACCCAUUGGUUACCCUAUAAAGACUUUCUACUGUUUACCUUUUCUCCAAUCAGAUUUCCUAUUACCUCCUUGAGCUAAUUUUUGAAAAACUUAGCAAUUCAGUAUUCUUUAUUUUCUUUGUGGUCCCCGGUCCGUCCGUUCCAAAUUCUAGCCACUGCAGUUCUUGUCCACUUGUCUUUGUAAGCUUAUUUACCUACUGUGGACGAAAAUUAAGAGCAGCUGAAAAGGUGUAGCAGUUGCUGUUUAAAUAAAUAAAACAGUGUCAUUCGGGUUUUUAAUCGGUUCAGUGGGUUGACCAUUCAGCUGGUUUCUCUUUGUGUACUUGUUUUAAUUUGGUAAAAUGUUCAUUUUUAGAUGAUUCAUGACUUUUUUUUAACAUUGCAGAUCAUGAAUCGGUUCAGUGGUGUUAUGACAACUUCAUUAACUACAGGUCCCUGAUGUCUGCAGACAAUGUACGCCAACAGCUGUCACGAAUCAUGGACAGAUUUAAUUUGCCGCGUAGAAGCACAGACUUCACAAGCAGGGACUAUUACAUCAAUAUUAGGAAGGCUUUGGUUACUGGUUACUUCAUGCAGGUAUGUUGCAUAUAAAAUACACGGAAAUCUGCAAUUCUGCACCCCUUCGAAAUGAUUUAAAAUGUGUUUAGUAUUUAGCUAUGAUUUAUACAACCUGAUUAUUGGGCAACUCUGACAGACAGGCAAAUAGCAUAGGGAAAUUCUGAAACGGCACAUUUUGAAAAGUACCCCUCUCUCUGUCUUGUCAUCUGUUAAAAUAGAGACUGUGAGUCUCCUUAGGAUUGGGACCUGUCUCUUUUCUCAUGCAAUUCUUUACAUUGGUGGCACUAUGCUGGUUAGUUUUUACCUCUGGUAGUUGCCUUCUUGCAGAGUAGGUACUCAUUUCUAAAAUAAAUACACAUAUUUUGUUUAAUGAAAGAUUUAAGAGAUUAUAAAAAACAGGCAGGCUUUUAAAUUGCAUAAUUUUAGAAAUGUGACCGAUGGGGGGGGGGGUGUUGAGUUCCAAUUAUAUGUUAUAUAUGGGUACAUUAUUAUAGCUGGGUGCUUUGGUUUAAUGUUUGCUUAAGUUUUGCCCUAUACUCUACAACUGAACUUUUGUGGAAUAGCCGGAUCCGUACUUUAUUAAGUGCAGGUUGGGCCAUAGUGAAUGAAAGCCGAUUGUAUUUUAAAAGUGGUCACUCAGGAAUGUAAGAACAGCCCUUCUGGGUCAGACCAAAGGCCCAGAAGUCCACAUUCCUCUUCUCACAGUGACCAACCCAUGGGAAGCCUACAAGUGGUUUAUAAUGAGUUUAAGCCAUAAUAGGAGCUACCAUUUUAAUAGAAGGCAGAUUAUCUAACCCAGUUACAGGGAGUUUAAAAGCAAGGGAUUGUCCCAUUUGCACAAGGACUUCUUCUGUUCCUGGGGGUCACCCUUAAUCCCCAGAACAGAAUUGGGUGGGGACAUGUAAGGAGAGGAACUCUGUUGUACAAUACAAGCAAAAGCCAUUGUAUGAACGUUUAUAGAUUCAACCCUCAAGAAUCUACCUGAGAUUCUGGAUUGGGGCAACUGUGGCAGAUCUGCCUUGCACAGAAUUAUUUAACUCUUUUGGCUGAUUACAAGAGUUGCAUCUCUGUUUUCUAAUGCUUAAUUCUAUUGCUCAUAUUUUCAUCCCCCGCUUUUAAUUGUUGUUAUAAAUACGUGCUGCUUUAGACUCUAAACAGCAUUACAUUUCAGAUUAUCUUCAUAUUAUAAUUUCACAUUUCCAAUUAUUUUAGGAGAUUUUUUAAUUUGUCCAGAAUUCAAGCCUGUGUUCCCGAGGCUGGAAAAUGCCCUGUUGCCAUGUAUGGUUUUGAAGCAUAGCUGUCAACUUUUCCCUUUCCUUGCGAGGAAUCCUAUUUGGAAUAAGGGAAUUUCCCUUUAAAAUAGGGAAACGUUGACAGCUAUGGUUAGAAGGUUGUUGCGCAGUUGGGGUUUGGGAUGGCUAAGCUUUGAUAGAGAGUUGCCGGCGCAAGAACAGCCAAUCAACACCUUGAUUUUCCAUAUUUUCCAAGAGGUUUAGUAUCAUGGGAGAAGUGCAGCAGGCAUCACAUUUCUCAUGUGAGUGUGAAUGUUGUCAAUACAGGUGGCACAUUUGGAACGGACAGGACACUAUCUAACAGUGAAGGACAACCAGGUAGUGCAGUUGCAUCCUUCCACAGUUCUUGAUCACAAGCCUGAGUGGGUACUUUACAACGAAUUUGUUCUUACCACGAAGAACUACAUCCGCACUUGUACAGACAUCAAGCCAGAAUGGUAAGCCACCUUCUUCAAAACGGUGUCUUUUUUCUCUCAACACAUUGCUAAUUUUAAAAGUACAUUUUCAUGUAUGUUUUUAUGAAAGUUUCCUGAGAGCUGUAAGGAAAAACGAAAAGGAUUUUGGAGCCCUAGGCCACUAACAACACUAAUUAAAAACCUUGCUUGAAACAUCUCCUUUCUGGAUCUUCAGUUUCAAUUACGCUUAUUAAAAAACGUGUUGUCUCUUUUUCCUUGUUCAAAUGGCUGGUUUUAUACAUUCGCCUACCUGGAAGUUGGAAAGCCCGGCCUUUCUGCUGUAAACAGAAGUUAGGUUCCUUUUAUCUUUUGCAGCAGCAGAAGUGAGCAAGCAAGCAGGUUUUAAAAAAGAAACUUGUAUUGAGGAGUGCUUGUUACUACAGAUAUUGGGAGCUGGGGAGAGUUUCUGAAUUUCAGAGCUUGAUUUAAAACACUGCCAGCUUUUCUCACAGUGGUUAAGGGUGUUGAGACGCUAAAGAAAUCAUACUGAAAGUGAUGGUGGUCUUAACAGAAGAGAGCAAGUGUGCAAUCGUGCAGUCCACUCCUUUAAUUCUAGUUAAGGGACAAGCUCGCAUUACACCUGCAAGUGCCCCCCUUGUUUUUUCAUUUACAAAUGUUUCCAUGUUGCUCUUUUCUAUUUGUUUAAUGUUCUGUCAGUAGCCACAUGUAUGCUACCUUUUGCGCAUGCAAUUUUGAUUAGGCUUGAUAAGUAAUACUUGAAUACAUACGGAAUUUCGACUGACAAUUGAAUAGCGGCCAAAUCUCAAUUGGAAAAAAAGCAAUGGUAACAAGACGUGUGUUCUGCUUUGAUAGAUAGUCUGGUCCCUGUGGAAGAGAUCAUGUUGCAGAAAGAUCCAGAAGGGAAUGAAAGCUUAGAAAUAGGAGUCACUUUUGACUUCUGCAUCUGCUUCUUUAAAUAAUGCCACCUUCAUUCCCCGCCCCCCCAUUUAUUAUCCUCGUUUCUUUCGUAGCUGCACCUAGGAUGUUGCCUUAGAUUGGGUCAGACCACUGGUCCAUCUUUGUCAGUAUUGCCUAUACAGUGGUAUCUCAGGUUACAUACGCUUCAGGUUACAGACUCCGCUAACCCAGAAAUAGUACCUCGGGUUAAGAACUUUGCUUCAGGAUGAGAACAGAAAUCGCGCUCCGGUGGCACGGCAGCAACAGGAGGCCCCAUUAGCUAAAGUGGUGCUUCAGGUUAAGAACAGUUUCUUUUAAAAAAAAUAAUAAUUUUUUAUUCAUUUUCCAAACAAGUUUUAUACAAUCAACAAAUUGUUUUACACUCAUGCUUCAAUUUUUGACUUCCCUCAGUUUCUCUGUCAAUCUUUCGAAAAAAUUCUAUUUAUUGACGCAUUUCUAAACAUGAUACUGCCUUUCCCCACUCCUUUUCCUCUUACUCUCUUUUUUUGCAGUAUUUCUUACUAUUUCACAGAGUCUCUUCAAAACCAACAAGCGUUGUCUGUGCAUCACAUAUAUUUUUCAGAUAUUCUGUAAAUUCCCCCAGUCCUCGAUAAACUUUUGGUCUUUCUGGUAUCGAAUCUUCCCAGUCAAUUUGUCCAAUUCUGCAUAUUCGGUCAAUUUCCUUCUCCAUUCUUCCACUGUUGGAAUUUCUUCCUGUUUCCAUCUUUGGGCCAAAAGUAUCCUUGCGGCAGUCACUGCAUAUUGAAACAGUUUACAGUCUCUCUUAUUGAUUUCGUUUCCUACCAUUCCUAAUAGAAAGGCUUCUGGUUUUUUUAACGAACGUAUAUUUCAACAUCUUUUUCAAUUCAUUGUAUAUCAUUUCCCAGAAGUCUUUCGCCUUUUUACACUCCCACCACAUAUGAUAGAAAGUACCUUCUUUUUCUUUACAUUUCCAACACUUAUUGCAUGUUUUAUACAUUUUGGUCAGUUUAACUGGCGUUAAAUACCAUCUGUAAAACAUUUUCAUUACAUUUUCUUUCAACGCAGUACAUGCCGUAAAUUUUAACCUUUCAUUCCAUAAUUUCAUCCAAUCAUCAUACUGUAUAUUGUAACCAAAGUCUCUUGCCCAGUGUAUCAUUACUACUUUUACCUCUUCAUCUUUUGUAUGCCACUCCAGCAACACUUUAUACAUUUUAGACAGGUUUUUAAGAACAGUUUCAGGUUGAAGGAAAGGUAACAACAGGAAGAAUUAAAGGAACUAUUGGAAACUCAAGGCAGUAGAGAUAUAAGAUAAUCAGAGCCCCACCAAACUUGAAGUAUGGGAAGCCCCAAUAAAAAUUUAUAAUUUGGUGGAAUAUUUGGACUAUAUGAUACGUAUUUUUAUAAUUUGGAAUAUUUAAUGUGAUUUGACUGAAUUGUUAAAAUGGAAAAUUAAAAUAUAUAUAUAUAUUUUUAAAAAAGAACAGUUUCAGGUUAAGAACAGACCUCCGGAACGAAUUAAGUAUGUAACAAGAGGUACCACUGUAUUCACUGGCAACAACUUUCCUGAGUUUCAUGCAGGAAUCUUUUCCAGCUCUGUUUGGUGAUUCCAGGGACUUAACCUGGAAACUUUUGCAUGCAAAGCAUGCGCUCCACCAUCAGCUAUGGUCUUUUUCCUUAGGCGAGAAAUAGCAGAAAUGAUCUCAGCUCUUAGAUUCACUGAGAGGUUAUCAUCAUCAGUUUGGGCUUACUGUUACCCAUCCAGCUUACAUCUAAAUUGUACAAAUGGUCGUUUGCCUGCAAACCAGAACUGUGGAAACUGUGGUUUGUACAUGCUUCCCAGUUAUCCAUAUGCCCAGUUCAUUUGUAAUGGCAGAUUAUAAAACCAGGAAGUCAGGGUGGAAAUUUGAAUGCUUGACAGAAGGGAGCAUGCGUGCUUGAGGCCCAUUCUCAAUUCUCCAGCUGUGUUUUCAAGGGCUGGCAAUAUUGCAUCUAAACCAGCUCAUAGAAUUUGACAAUACUGAGGCUUUUUGAUAAAUCACUUUUAAGGUUGAUGCUCGUAAUUUUAGCCCCAAAUGUGAAAAAAAAGAAGGAAUAGAAAGAAGUGUUUGUUCCAUUAAAGGCCCUGCGACAAGCCCCUUUGCUUUUCAGUAAAGCCAUAAUGUUUGUUCCUGUCGGUUCUAAAACGUCUGAAUGCAGAGUCAUUGUUCCUAUAUAUUUUCAUCAUGCAUUUGUAUUAUUGCCUGGAACUUGGCUUACAAUCAGAGAUUCCUUCUGUGAUGCUGUACUCUUAUCUAUUAUUUAAUCUAGCUGUUGAUAACUAAUGUCCACACUGUUUACAACUACAUAAUUGACUUUUGGUUGAAGUAUCCAAAUAUUGUCUCCAACUUGCGUAUUAUUCCAAGUCAAUAAAAGUUGACUUUUCAUUUUAAUGAAUGGUAAAAACUGCUUUCUUCAUAUUGCAUAUACACAAGAUUUUUACCCCCCCCCCGUGUGUUACAAGCUUUUUGUUUCGAUUGUUUGAAUUUUGUAAGUUUCAGAGUAGUAAGUAUAUAUAUACUACUUGGAGAUGCCUUUUAUUUUGAAAAGGUCCUUUCAGUAGCAUUUUUUUAUACAUAAACUAGAUUUCCAUAUUUCCAGGCCUUAUUAAGGAGAUUGAUAAUCUAAUUAUCAUAAGUAGAUACUAAUUGGGCCACUGCUAUCGCCUGCAUGAUAUUCAGAUCUGUGCACAAGUGACAAACCUUUCUUUCUUUGGCAGGUUGGUGAAAAUUGCCCCUCAAUAUUAUGACAUGAGCAAUUUCCCACAGUGUGAAGCAAAGAGACAGUUGGACCGCAUCAUUGCCAAACUUCAAUCCAAGGAAUACUCGCAGUACUGAAUUUAUUAUUUGAAUUGAAGUUGCUCAAGAGGACAGCUUUAAACAAUAAAUGAACUCAUAAGUUCCAAGUUGUGCUCUUUGCUUUGGUUCAAUAAUGGCCUUUAUUUGAAAGCUUUUUAAUUUUUCUUUACAGUAAAUAUUCCAUUCUGAUUUCAUAAAUUAAACGCGUAUGCCUCCCUUUUGUGUUCACACUGUAGCUCAUACUGGAAAAGCUGAUCAAUGUUUUGCAGUUUAUUGAAAGUAGUUCUCUAUAUAAAUAUAAAUAUAUAACAAUGUUAUAAGCAUUUCUUUAGAAAUGGUUGAAAAUGCUUCUAAAAUGUGAUUAUCGACCAUGGCAUGCAUGAUCGUUGUAAUUGUUGACAUUCCUUUUAGAAGUUGUGAAGUGUUACAACAUGCUUAUGUAGACACAAUCUUCAGCUUCAGUACAGAGGUACUGACUUCAAUAAAGUCUAUUUAUACUAACGUUGUGGCAAAGUAACUUACUGUUUCUGUGCCCUUAAUGAAGAAACGUUGAUGACAC